GUUCUCCACAGAGUCCACACACAAAUACUAUUGGAGCCAGACACAGAAAGCGCGCCGCUACCAGCCCAUGCUGCACCAGACAACAACGCUUUUGCUACUAAACAAGACCUGCAAAAUUGGGUGCAAGACAUCAAGAAAAUGCUGGCCACAGAUGUGGGAUCACUUAAAAUGGACUUGCAAAACGUAACCGACCGGGUGACAGAGGAGAACAUCAUGGAAAUUCAAACUGAAAUGACACAUGUGAAAGAUGUAGUACAACAACUGCAGACCACCCAACAAGAGCUUUCCCUGCAAAUGUCAGCCUUUGAAGACCAUGCAACAACAUCAAAAUACGUGGGGUACCCUCCGACAUCUCAGCUGACACACUAUGUGAGGAGACUCUUUGCUACCAUCUUGCCACCAAUGGCUGCCAGAAAAUUCACCCUUGAUGGGCUGCAUCGACUCCCAUUCUUACCUAACUUGCCUAACACAGCCACCAGGGACGUCAUCCUUCGCUGCGCCACCUCUCAGGAUAAAAACCACAUAAUGUUUGCAAUUCGUGGCAAAACACCCCAGGUGUUUGAGAACGUACAAUUCUUCCAGGACCUAACUAGGGCCACGCUCCCAUUGUACAGCGCUACGGCGCUAUAUAAAUAAUAUAAUAAUAAUAAUGGCGCCGUUCUCUGAACUACCUCACAAGCCAACUGCGCACCGCUGUGCUUAAAUUGUACAAUUCCCACUGAAGGAUGUGCAGUAUAUCUCUUGGUCAGAAUUGGUAGUCCCAGGAGUAUGUAAUACAAACAGAAAUGAAGACUACAUAGUGUAGUAUGUUUGGAUAGUAUAAAUUUGCAAGUAGAAAAUGGAAUUGCACUCACAGGAAAUAGAGCCUCUAAACGUCUCUUGUGUGAUAGCGUGAAGUGGUAUGAUCUCCACUCUAGAAAAAUUGGUUGAUAUAUAUAUGAAUGUAUGCAUAUUAUGCUGUUUUGAGGAACGAUCCAGUGAUUUAUUCUUUAGUAAUGCUAAAAUCUUUUAAUGGACUUGGAUAUUAGAUGCUCUCAUGUUGCAGUUUUGCUGCCACACAUUCAUGACCAAAUAAAGGCUAGUCCUGCCGAUCACACCCCAUGGGAGAUAUCUCAAGUUAUGCAACCAUGUUAGUAGGUAUCUCUGACUCCAUAAUGAGAUAGCCCAACAGGUUUAACCUGGUGUAAUUUACCUAUUUUUUAAGUGUGUUACCAUGGUACUACCCAACCUGUCAGUUUGCACAGCCUGCAUACACAUUGUACAGUAUUAUUACUCAUCGACUGACAUAUUUCACCUGAACAUAAUUCUCUUACAAAAAAUUGUGCAGAUUUCUCAUAUGUCAUGACUCAAUGCUUAUUUUUAAAUGCUUAAAAUGGCUUGUUCCUGUCCUUAUGGCUCAACAAUCAUGUCUGUACCUCUCCUAAUCAAUAAAAAUAAAGAAAAGAGAUAUUAGCCCUUCAGGCAUUAUCUAUAGAAUCUUAGCGGCAGGAGAAUCAUGUAAAAAGUAAGGAUCUGACAGUUCUAAGAGGGAAAGGUACACGAAUUUAGUCCAUCUGGUGUAACCCACCCAUCUUGCAUCAUAUACCCUGUUAGACAGAACUCUCUGUAUAACUGUAUCUGUUACACUGAGCUACAAGCAGGACCAAGGACCAUUCAUCAGCAAUUGGACAGCUCCUCCUACAUUCCAGCUCCCACCCUCAGCCCUUACAAUCUUGCCUCCUAUUCCUGCUCUGUCUGCUGCCUUCCCUUUACAUCCCUGCUUCCCUCCUGUCCAGAUUCCUGUGGAUGGCUGCAACACAUCUACACAAAUGGGAGCUGACUUCUCUGUUCUUUAGGCUGGUUAAUUUAAAUCAGAAACAAUCUACGUGACUGCCAUCGUCCAUCCCUGCAUCUCCAUUUGCUAUUCUUUGAAUGGUUCGUGGAGGUCAGGACCAGUGGUCUCUGACUAAUACCCCCCCUUGCUGGUUGUCAUUACGUUGCUACCUCUGGGAAGAUGUUGGGGAAGGAUUACAUGCUAGCAAUUAUUAUCGUUAAUUAUGACGGUAAGUGGAUUUUAUGCUGCAGUGAGGUGAUCUCUUUACAUAUUUUUCCAUGUGAACCCUCUAGAGGACUGGGGACCUGCAGGGAGUUUGAGUUACAUCUUACUUUAAGGUAUUAAAGGCAUGGGAGCAUUACAAGUUAGCAGUUUCUUUAUAUUAAUAAAUCCUUACAUGAUGGCUUCCUGAUUUCUAAGGUAACAUGGAAAAAGAAACCCACAGUGUACAGAAAUGUAUAUAAACAAUGUUGUCAUUAUCAACCACGUUUAAGCCUGUAUAAACCAGGUAACCUAUUUACAGACAUCAAUAUACUGAUACUCUCCUCCUAUUUACAGUUAAAGAGUCAAUCAAUAAUUCAUUAGAGCAGAUUAGCACUGAUAACCCCAUGCCAAACAACAGGAUCAUUGUGUUUGGAUUUGUAAAGCAGUUCUGGAUGUGAAUUAGAGUUUGCCUUGCUGCGUAAAAUGUAUUUCCCCCUUUAUUUAAAGCAAGUGAUCAUAGCAUCAGUAUGGUGUUUAGGUACUUCAGAAUAUCACCACAGGCCCCCAGUGAGGGGACUUUGUUUUCAAAAAAUGAAUUUGCACUAAGUAUUACAAAGUAUUUUAUUUAGAGAUUCUGCAUAAUUAGUUCUAUACAGAAAUGGAAAGUACAGAAAGUAUUUAAUGUGACACAGUGGUACUCAUGUCUAGUGCAAAAAUGUAUAAGGGUAUAUUUAGAAAUAGAUUGCAAUUGAAUGCAGCUCUAAUAUCUAUCUCUCUAAGUUCACUUGUUUUAUAGGUAGUCUUUGCAAUGUUCCCAAUAUGUUUUGUUGUGCUGAAUUACCUAUUGACUGUACAGGCUCCUGUUGAAUGGGCUUUGCAUCUGGUCACAUCACAGCUCAGUGCACUUGGCUAGAGCAAUAGGCAGUCAGAAUGGCACCUUACAGACUAAUGAGAUUCUGGGUUGCUGUCAAGUCUUCAUCUUAGAAAGUCCUGUGCUGCUAAUAAUUUAAUGUACUUUACGCAAUUAGAUGCAUGUGUACUCGGAGGGGUUAAUACACCAAAUGUAUUAAAGUCACACCUGAAAAUGAGCAAAGUAUUAUUACAUUAUUUACAAGCUUUUGUCAUCUUCUGAUGUAAGCCACAACUGUGUUAUCUCUCCACUAUAUGUUUAACCCCUUAAGGACACAUGACAUGUGUGACAUGUCAUGAUUCCCUUUUAUUCCAGAUGUUUGGUCCUUAAGGGGUUAAAAGUCAUGAUGCAUGCCUAUUUUUUUGCCCAAUAAAGUGGCAUUUAAUAGUCAUCAGGAAGCAGCCAUUAUUGUUAUCUGUAUAGUUUCUGGUCACUGACUGUGUUUUCAAAUCUAAAUAGAUUUUGAUAUUCUCAGAACACCUAAAGUGUACUGUUUGGCCUAUAAUAUUAUUUUAUUUUGUCUCUGUGCAGAUCAUCUCAUUAUAUGCUUCAUGUUAAAUAACACAUAUUCUUACAAAGUUGUAACACAUGAAUUUUAAAUCGUUUGUGUACAUAUUUGUAUGUGCGUCACUGGGCUCUUUACAUAAAAUUAGAUCUUGUACGAUGUUGCUGACAUUUUAAACAAUUGUACAUCAUGUUUGUUCUUUCAUGUUAAGUCAUCUUCAAAGUUAAAGAGAUACGCCUCCUUUAUCUGGACAAAUUGCUUGCAUAUUAAAUUAUAGCUUAAUGAAACAAAAUAGCCUGGAAUUAACCCUUAAUCCCCCCCCCCCCCAUAUUUAUUGUUUUUAUUCAAUUUACCCUGUAUCCCCUAAUUUGUAAUGUAAUAAAUUAAUGAAUACAAUUUAGUUUUUUUAAUUUGCAGUGUUUUAGCUGGCAGACCAGAUAGAAGUUCCACCUAUUAGAAGUCCUUCAUUCGAGUCUGUAGGGCAGGGUUGUCAAACAUGCGGCCCCCCAGAUGUUGCUGAACUACAACUCCCAUGAUUCCCUGGCUAUCUGUUUCAUUGAAAGAAUCAUGGGAGUUGUAGUUCAGCAACAUCUGGGGGGCCGCAUGUUUGACAACCCUGCUGUAGGGUCUGAUCUUGUCCCAUAUACUCUUGCCCAGCUGGAGUAUAUGGGGUAAGUAGAUAAUCACCAGGUGCAUGUCCACUCAUCAUACAGGAUAAGCAGAACUGCUUUAUUAGCUAAUAUCUGGUAUACUGACAGUGCAGCCCACUUAGAGUCUAGUCUGAACACACAACCACACACUCAAAUUGUUCUAGUACACUACAUGUACAACUGUGACUGAUCCAAAACCGAAAAAGUGAAACCAAAACGCGAAAGGUUUUUCUGAUCAGAUCCAGGGGGUAGGCUUAUUUAUAGCUUACAGCAAAUGUGUUGUUUUUUAGAGAGACCCUUUAAGGUAAGACAGGCAGUUAGAAAUUCCAAGGUAUACAGCAGUAGUGUUAUAUGUAUAUAUAUAUAUAUAUAUAUAUAUAUAUAUAUAUAUAUAUAUAUAUAUAUAUAAUCUGAAAGGGUUAAUGCGCUGUUAAAUAAUAACUUUUAGUAGGCAUAAUAUAGAAGACCUUAGCAACCUGUUGAACACCUCUAUAAACACCUCCAUAAACUAACACUCUUGGGAAGGAGUGUGAAUGAGUCAUAUUAAAAAUUCAACAACUGAGCUUCAAUUCUGUAAAUUAUUUCAGAGUGAAAAUUGGUUUAAAUGAAAAACUAGCUAUAAUAGUUUUUCAAGUGUUGCUUUUGUAAUGUACCCACAAAGGUGAUCAUUUUACUGUUGGGGCUUGUAAAUAUAUUUUGUUUGCUGCCCCUGGCUACCAACCGCCUGUUACUUACCUUCAAAGGAGAAGGCAGUCUUGUGGUGUCCCCAGUGGUCUAGCACGAGAAACAAACUUCUCAGUUAUGUACUCUUAUUAUGUGUUUUGCUAUAUGAGAAAAAGAUGGUGUAGGACAUGAGAAGGCAAGUUUCGGCACUCCAAAUUUUGUGGACAACUCUUCCCUGACGUUUUACCAGCAUUAUGGUUGUAAGAGCAUUAAGGGAGAUGUAGUCCACAGCAUCUGGAGUGUUGAAGAUUGCUUACUUUUAGUACAGGAUAGGAUAUAACAUCAACCGGGCCACACAUUUCCUUCUCCCCCAUGAUCUCAGGGUUUUAGUUACAACUGUUCCCCUUACUAACCCAGAAUUCAUUUUGGUAAUAUGUAAUUAGACAAAAUAUAACUUUGAAUGACAUAAUGUGUUAUUUUUUUAAGCCACACAGGGUAGAAACUUUGAGUUGUUUAUGGUAUGGCAGAAUCACUCUUGGUACUGACUGGUAUUUAGAACAAUUUAGUAUAUUUUACCAGUUAAAAGAUGGCAUCCAGUGGCAUCACUAGGGAGUGCUGGGGAUGCCGUCCACACCUUGUGACACCAUCAGAAAGGGUUUGCAAAAAAAAAAAACAAGAGUAUAAUGCACACACUAAAAAAGGGGGAAUACUUCCUGCAGGGUGCUCCAGAAAAGGAGACAUCAAAUGGAAGAAAAUAAAUACCAGGCACACCUGAGGUUUCUUCUAAAACGCAGUCUUUUUAUUUGGAACAAGAAACUGGAGACAACAUUUCGGCUCCUCUCUGAGCCUUUAUCAAGUCUCACCAUCGGGGGCGGGAGGGGGGGUGAAACCAGGGCCGGAAAACUGAAAAAAAUCAUUGUUGGCCACUCUGUCUUGGGCCUGUGUGCUGGCUGGUCCUGCUGGGGUCCCUAUGCCUCUGCGCUUCCAACCAGCUGCUGUAAGUCCAGCGCUUGAGCAUGAACCAAUCCUUGUUGCAGGCACGGUUUGCUUGGGUGACUUGGUAUCCUGCCUCCAUAGACUGAUCCCUUUCUACUUCCGCACAGCUAGUACAGAAAUGCUGAAAGAUAAUGGUGGGUGUUAUUAUGUUGUGUAUGUAAAUUGGUGUGUGUUAAAUUUGUGUGUUUGUGAAUAAAUUGUGACUUUGUGUGAACUGGUGUGAGAGUGUGUAAGUGACAUUAUGUGAAUAUGCCAAUGAGGAUUUUUGUAUUAGGAUUCUUUAUGAUCUGGCACAAGAGGACAUUAUGACCUACCACACUGGGUGACACCAAAACAAGUGAUGCCACUACUUGUUAACACCAUGAACGAAUGUACAAAAUAUAUCAUAUAAAAUAUUAUAAUAUAAAACAUCCAAACAUAUUCUCCAGGAAAAGGAAUCAGAUUAGUAAUAUGUGGUGUGGGCUAAAAUAGGGAUAACAGUGCACAAAAGAAGUGUAGUGACCAACACGGAACCAAGAACAUUAUUAUUUGUCCAAACUGUUAUUUUACUUUUUACAAGACUCUCUAAAUUCAAAAUACAUCAACUACGGAACUCAACAAUUAUGAAUUCAUGGUUUAUAUAUGUAAUGCCACUUGCAGUGAUAUUUACUAAAGUGGGAAUUGACAGGAAUUCUAGAUUAAUUCAGUGAAUUUCAAAAUUCAGGCCAAAAUAUCUGAUUUAGAAAAAAUCUCCAUGCCAAAUCUGUGUUCAGUUUGAAUAUAUUUGCCUUACAUUUGAAAUUCAUUUCGAAACCAACAUUUCUUUCUUUUAUGUCUUAUUAUUACAUAAAGAAAUUUUGGUCAACUACAGCUGCUUUUUUAUCAGUACAGCAUAGGUAAAAUAGAUAGGCUGUGCUACUGUUGUAAUGCUAUCAUGCUGGCAAAUAAUGAUCAAAAUUAAUGAUAUUGUCAACAACAAGAAUCCUACGUAUUCAAUAUCAGAAUAUAGGGAAAAUUGUGAUAUGCAGUAUAAGAUAGCUAUAUAUGCUAAUAAUUAGUCACCACUCAGGUCUCAAAUAAAUUUUUGGUAUAGACUCUCUCUAUAAUGACACAAGUGAGCUAAAAAAAUAUAAGACCAGGGAUUAAUUGAAAGUUAAUCUCUUACAUUAAUGCCUGUUCUCAGUGUUCUUAUAAACUUUGUUUUGGCUUAUGUGCAUAUUAUUAGGGUCUUCCUAAGACAAUAUAGUAUUCCAAAUGCGGAACCCAUGCUCAUUCUGCCUAAACGAUUCAAAGAUAUACUUCACCGAUGAAGUCCAAAGAAGGCCAAAACAACUGUCUAAGGUUGCAGCAUCUUUUGUGCAAAAGGAAACCUGCUGGCAUUUUGAAACUGGACUGCCCUAAUGGAUAAGAUCAUUCUAAAAUAUGACUGUGUAGCUUAGCUAUUCUUGGUAAUGGCAUAAGUGAGCUAAAACUUGAGACCUGAGUGGGGACUAGCCAAGGACAAGUCAUCUUUUGGACACUUUUGGAGUCAAGUAAAACAUGAAACGUUAGGUAAAAAUACAAAAUAGUUGCAAAGAAUCCAAACCACAAAAUCUUGUUAUGUAGUAUGUUUUCUAAUGCUGUAAUAAAGUUUAAAGCAAUGAUGUAUCAAUAGUGAUAUCAAAACUUGCAGGCACGCAAUCAAUAUCACCAAAAAAACAUUUUCAUUAUAAAUGCUAUAAAAUCCACUACAAGCAAUUCAUAUUUUCUAAAAAAAAAAAAAAAAAUGAAGAUAGAUAAAAACAAGCUGGGAUUUUUGCAGGUAACAACCUAAAAUCUAUGACUCAGUUUUAUUUUUCAUAUGACCUGCACCUUCCUUUUCCUUCUACUUAAAAGGAUACUCUAAGCACCAAAACAACACUGUAGGCACCCAGACCAUUUCAGCCCAUUGAAGUAGUCUGGGUGCAAACUCCCAUCACCCUUAACCCUGAGCAUGUAAUCAUUGCGUAUAUGCAGCAUGCCCUGCUUAGGAGUUCAAUCACAUUUGUUUCCGUUUAUGCAUCCCUAGCCACACUUUCUCUGGCUGUAGCUCACACAGCCAACAUGAAAAAAAUGGUUUAAUUCAAUCAGUAGAGUAUGUUUACUUUAGAAGUUUUAUCUUCUGCAGAGGACUAUUAACAGAGCAAAAUAUAUGAAAUUCUCAAUUAUACAGACAGAAAGUGCAAUAAAGGAAGUUUGAACAUUAGAUCUCUUUUUACAGGAAAUGUGCAGGGAGACGGUAUAGUUUUUAUGCAGGGAGGUGUAACUAGGACUGCAUAAACAAAGUGAAUUAACUCCUAAAUAGCCGAGAACUAAGCAGUGAGACUGUGGGGGCUUGAUCUAUACAUCAAAACUGCUUUAUUAAGCUAAAGUUGUUUUGGUGCUUAUAGUGUUCCUUUAAGAUAUUUUGUCUAGUACAGGCUAAUUAAUGCUGUGUUCUGCAUCAUUGCAAUGCACCAUGCAUCAAGAGGUGUGCCAGCUUUCAUACAGUUACUCCAUGUCUCAUACUUAUGGGAUCUUCUCAGUCGGCUGUUGUGCUGGGAGUGAACAUGAGAAAGGUUGACAUACGCAGCGUCACAUUUAUUAUUAUUAAUUAUUAUUAUUGGCAUUUAUGUAGCAGAAAAUUAUUCUGUAGCAGUUUAUAAUUUAUAGUAUUCUGUAUUGAUUAAAAGAGCUUACAAGAUCACAAGCAGUAUUGUACAUGUCACAGCUGCUGUCAACCAGCUUAUUUUUCCCCAAGUCACACUGUGUACAUGCGAGCUGUCUCUCUGGUAUGGUCUGAAGGUGGAGUUUCUGUUGCAUAGUCUGUCAUGGCAUAGCGAUGAGUGCCUAGGGCAGAACUGUUCUUUCUUUUAGUGGAAAAAGGAAGGGACAUGACAUAAAGUAAAAUCCACACUCUCAUCGCUAUACUGCUGCCAUCAUUGUAGAAUUCUAAGGCUGAGAAGGAAGUCACAGUGCUGCAGUGGGCACUCACCAAUGGACAAUCUAUAAAAAAAUCCUGUGGGCAGCCAGCCUGGUCACAUCGUGGUUGUGAGUUGGUUACAGAGUUUUCUGAACAACACAUGUUUCCUACCCCCUCUCUGCAGCACACAUCACACAUCACACACCCCUGACAGUGGCCACUGUGAGAAUAACCUUCUUACCUUGCGUUCUGCACUGCAGUAAUAAUAAUAAAUAAAAUCACCAGGUAUGAUAUCAUAUCUAGCAUCUUCCAUCGUUACGUCAAGUGCAGUGUUGGGGAGCAGGGAAAACUCCCUCUAGCCAGGCCACUAGGCAUUGUGGUGCCUGAUGAAUACAUGACGAAGACCUUCCCAUCUAAAGGAAAGGGGAUGAGAUGAAUACAUUAGGGGUGCCACCAAAUGUAUCCAUCACAGAGCUGCUGGCUGGAAAGAUCCAUUACUCUAUACCAUGUUAUGUUUUCUAUGAUUAAUUGUCAAAUUGGGAAAUAACAACAUAUUCUAUACAAGCCUGUAUUUUCAUUUCAUUGGUUAUAUUUAGUUUAACAGUUGUUUUCUUUUUCUCUCUGUGCCUUUUUCAAUAUGUCUCCUAUCCACUGGCCAAUACUGGUAGAGCCAGUUUGGUACCGUGAAUUGUUAAGAUGUACAUGGGUUAAAUUUGUUUUUACAGUAAAACACAGUUCUUUCUUUGCAGCUGAGUAUCUUUUUAUUUUUUUUUUUAUUUUUUUUUUGGAGUCACCAAUCAGCUUACCCCUGGAAACGUGCGCUCUAGCACGCAAGUGCAGUACUAAACCCUGAAACACUCUGUAUAUUGACUAUAAUCCUGCAACUAAUAGCCUACAUUUUCUUGAUUAAAUCCUCUACACAGCCGGCCUGUCAGCAACACAGGGGAGAUUUAUACCCUCCUCAAAGUGUUGUGCUAAAAUCAUAUAAAUUGUUACUUUAUAUUAGAAAAUCUAUAAUUUGACUUAAACCAAAUGUUAUGCUUAUUUUAGAAAAGGGUAUAAUAAAGAUGCAGGGUUCUAUUUUUUUCUAACCCCUAUGAAUGUUACUAUUUUGAUAAACUACAAGUGAAAUGCAUUAAUAUAAUUAUGCAAAGACGCAAGGACCUCGAUUUAAUAUUUUUAGACAAGCUUUUCAAAUGAAUUAAUAUUAUGAAAAAUAUCUUUUUUUAAUAUUGCGUUAUUUUUUUAUAUAGUGAUUUUUUUAUGAUAUAUUACUUUUUUUAUACUUUAAUAUGUAAAAUUUUAAACAUUUAUCAAAAAAAAUUAAACUAUUUGGAAAGCUUAUUGAGGCCUAAAAGUCCAUUAUUCUGGUAUUUCCACAAUUAUCUUCUUAUUUUGCUCUCAGCCUGUCUAGCUGUGUACAGCGUUGUGCCUGUUCAUUGGGAAGAUAGCUUCAGAAGUUGACUUGCUCCAGUGCAGUUGGCAUCUGUUUGCUUUAUGCCAGUCCUGUCCUUUCAGUUGUUGAUCAUACUUGUUCUGACUGAGCAGUGACUAUUACUGUCUAUAUUAGAAACAGCUGAACCAGCCUUUUCCUGGAUAUGAGCAUUGUGUAUUCCAGUUCAUGUUAUAUUAGUUGCUGGACUGCCUGUUCCUGAGUACGCGAUAGGCAACAAAAUGGGAUUGCAGGAACAGUCUAGGACUGCCAAGAUCAUUUUGUCUGUGAGCAUUACCUGUUAUAUUUUUGGAUAUGUUUUUCAAAUAAUUUAAUAUUUAUGGAUAGACUUUUUCAAUAAUUUUUUUCAACAUGUUAAAACAUCAACAACAAAAAAAUCAUAUGUAAAGAAUAUAUUAAUAUAUGAAAAAAAAUUAAAAAACGAUAAUAUUUUUCAUGAUAUUUAAUAAUCUAAAAUGUUUAUCCAAAAAUAUUAAAUCAAUUGGAAAGCUUAUUCAACAAUAUAAAUUUGAAGCCAUUGUUACAAACUGCUGACCAAGGCCUCGAUUUAAUAUUGUUGGAUAAACUUUCCAAGCUCUUUAAUAUUCUUGAAUAAAAGUUUUAAAAUGAUUUUUUUUCUAACUACGAGAAUGUUAUAAUUUGCUGUUCUGGCUUGUUCUUGGCUACAAGUUCUGCCAGAUUCCAAUCUCUAUCAAUGUUUCCAUCCUUUAGCCAAGAGCAAUUGGUUUUACUGUCAUUAACAACAUUAUUGCAGUAACUAAGGGCUCAAUCUGUAGAAGAAGAAGGCUGUUAAUAUGAAGUGUCUGCUGACACACAUCUGCCUACUUUUACAAUGAGAUUCUUGCCAAGAUUCCACUACAUCCCAGUUCCAUAAAACUUGCAUUGUGCAAAUGACUGUUAUCUGAGUUUUAAAGGUACUCUAUAAGCACCAGAACCACUACAGUUGAAUAAAGCCUGUCCCUGCAUGCUGAGUAGUGUAAACUCUGCCUUUUAUGAGAAUAGGCAGUGCUUGCACUGCUGCCUAAUGCCACCUAUAGGUGCUGUCAUUGGUUCGGUCAUGCAAAGAUUGAAAGAAACUCAAUGCUUUCAAGUCAAUACAUCUCUUUAAGGAGAUACUGAUUGCCACAAUGUAGUGUUUGCUGUGCAUGUGCACUAGACUCCCAAUGCUUCCCUAUGGGGAAGCAAUGGAUUGGUUGAUAUCAUCAGGUUUCCAGCGCACCAUUCUUAGAUACAAAGUUGACUAGAUCAUGAAUAUUUGUAUUAUUCCGUUUGCAUUUUGCCCAUCACAGUUGCUUGCUUAUCUAGUUACAUCUGUGGCGUUGGUAGACUGGUAAAUCAUUUUCCUUGUUUUGUUGUUUGGUUGGGUGGAAUGAUAUUCUGGGAUAAUGUGGUGUCUCCAGUUACUAAGGAUUACAAAGGUGCAUAGUUUUUGAUCCCGCUAAGACCUGAAUAGUGCUAAUACAACAUGAUCUUGCAUGCUUUAUAUUUUCCUUAGUCUUGUCCCAACCAGCCUAAUAUCUGUUAGUUCCUUCGGAAACAGGUGGAACCUGUGCUGUAUAGUGCAGGUAGAAUUCUAUAUUGUAAUGUAUAGAAUAUAGUGCUGUCAUUGAUGGGUCUUUAAAACCUGGAGUCCAAUAAUAAUCAAUGACAGACUUCGGUUUGUUCUCCUCCACACAUGAAGACAUGCUCCUGUGUGGUAACUGUAUCUAUGGAUGUUCAUUCAGUUUCACACCGUGAUCACAUCCUCAUCAUUUUGACCUUACUGGGGGGCUACUUUCAUAUUAUUAAUUCCUCUUUUUUUUUUUACCACCUCUUUUUUUUUACCACAGGAAAUAUAUGCAGACCCAUGAUUUCCAUUUUAAUCAUGAUAAGAGUCAAGUAUGGCAUUUUUUUCAAUUUACUUAAAUUGAACAAGGUGACCCCUGCAUACCUGUAUGGUCUGAUGCUGUAGGUGAUUUACAGUGAGCAAUAACAAUUCAUCAGAGGUCGAUGGCAGACCAUUGCUAUAUUGAAUUGUUUCAGAUAAGAGGGAGGUGUGCAUAUCGAGUCCUCAAGAUGCUUUAGAAACCUUUCACAGAGCUGCUACGCAGGUAAAGGCAAUUCAUACCGAUAUUUGGAUUGAGGUGUUUUUUUCUUCCAUAUGAAGAAUAUCCGACAAUCCAGCUAAUUAACUUUCUUCUGCAAAGAUAGAACCUGAAUGCAUCCCCUAAAGAUAUAGGUACAUAUAGCUGUAGUAUAUGUUUUACUUUUUUUUUGCAAGUAUUUUUGUUUUCUGUCCUAUCCUGAAGAAGCACUAAGAAUUCAAAUUCUCCCUGUAACUCCUGUCCCAUAUUUCUUUUUCCAUUCACCUCUAAGCUUGUAGAGUGGCUUGUGACCCUCAUCAAACUGGUUUCUGCUCUCUUCAUUCUACUGAAACAGCCCUUAUUAAAGUGAGAUAUUAUUUGUAUACUGCUAACUCCAAAGCUCACUAUUCUCUCUUAGUUCUCCUCGACAUCUCUGCUGCCUUUGGUGCCACUUGCUCCUUCUUCUAAUGCUUUGUAAUCUUGUACAUUCUGUCCUAUCCUGCUUCUCUUCCUAUGUCUCUAAAUACUCAUUUAACUUAUAAUUUUCUGGCACCACCUCUUCCCCACUAUCUGUUUUAGUUGGUGUCCCCCAAUGCUUGGUUCCCGUUUCUUUUGUCUUUACACAUCUCUUGGAAACCUUAUUACUUCCAUUGGAUUCCAAUAUCACUUGUGUGCUGAUUACAUUCACAUCUACCUUCCUCCUCUAUUCUUUUUCAUCGAAUCCUCCUGAAAAAGUCACCAACUUUCUUUCUACUAUCUCUAACUAGAGCUGAGUAGAAAUGAAGAUUCUUAGUUUCAAGGAUGGAAGUUAAAUUGGGCCUGAGGAAGAAAGAUACACAGUUAUAUAAAGGAAUUUACAGCUAGAAGUGGCAAGGGGGGGGACGUCAGGGGGUAUUAGUGGGAGGAGUGGUUGAACAGACUAGCCAUUUUUUGUCCAAUUUAAACAUUUGCACUAUUAUAAGUUAAUAUGUAUUAAAAAAGAUGGAAGAAAUCCGGUGAGGUAUCUUCUGAAUGUCAGUCCAUACCUGAAAGCUGCAGUGUUCAUCAUUAGCCUUUCUCGUAACCAUAUAGCCAUAUAUCAAUCUGUUAUGAAUGCUGCUGCCAGACUUAUUUAUUUCACCCACCGGUCCUCUCACACCUCAUCAUCUCUGUCUUUACAUUGGCUUUCUUAUCUUUCCGAAUCCAAUUCAAGCUACUGACACUAAAACUAAUAGAUAGCUCUCAUCAACUCCAUCCAUAGUAGAUUUCCACAGCAAUCCCCAAUUAUACUCAUUCUUAUUGAUUUUACUAGAACAAUGACCUUUCCUGUCCUCUACAGGACUUCUCAAGAGCUGCACCCUUUCUGUGGAGUGCUCUACCCAUUCUUUUUUUUUUACCUAUCCUCCAGUCCUUCAAGAAAUAACUAAAAAUGCACUUCUUUCUGAAAUCCUUCCAUCUUCCUGGGUAAAGUCCCCCUCACAGGACCCAUGUUUUUACAGUCCUCUCAACUCUUUCUCUCCUUCCACUCUACAGUGCCUCCUUUCACACGAUUAACUGAGAGCCUCCUCUGUCAACUGGGGUCAUAAUUAGUGGCUCCAGACUGACACUUGACCUGUGUGCAGACUGUCAAAGUGAGCACUGCGCGUAGCCCUUUAAAUCCUUUGCCAACUGCCCAGCCUUAGAGGUGAGCCAAGUGAGAUUAUUGCAGCCAGUGGAACAACAACUACCAAUGCAGUCAUAUUGAAUUAGUAUUGAGAUCAUGUAUGUUUUUUACUUCAAUGCUGAUAAUGUAUUAUUAAUUAGUCUAUUUGGUAAAUUGUGACUUACAGUGACCUUAGAACUGUGAUGGAAUCUUUUGUAAACAUGGGGGGGGGGGGAGAGUGGGGGAAUAAUCAUCAUAUUUUAGUGCUUUGCAGGCAACAGAGGUAUAGAGAGGUGUUUUAUUUUUAUUUAUUUUUACAUAUUUUAUGGAUGGGCAAGGGGAGAUUUCUUAUUGUUAAAACAACCAAUAACCAACAAGCAACUCAUGUUGCUUAAAUACAGUGAUUUUUGUAUAGUACCUAACAGAAAUGAGUCAAACCCCAGGAGUUAUAGCAUUUUUAAAAGAGUAAAAAUAAUGUUUGGUUUUUUUUUUACACCCACAUCAUGGUUUGCAUUAUUUCCUAAUGGUUUUGUUCCAACACAGAGUGACUUUACCUGCUGGAUUUGAAAAAUGUUAUAUAAAUGUUGUUACACGGUGAGAGGUUUCUGAAAUGUAUUUCUUGUUUAUGUUGUAAAACCCUAUGUUUACUAGGCCUUUAUUACAAAUUACAUAAAUGGGUAUACUGCCCCUUUAUAAAAAGCUAUAUUAAUUAAUAUGUGAAUAAGACAUACAAUCUUAACCACAUUACAAAUAUAUAGUGAAUAAAUAGACUAUAAGAAAGGAGUUUUAAGAAAAGUUUAUUACUACAGCAUUAAUGAACUCACAAUCGUGCAAAACACAUGAUUGCAAAUGUUUGUACAGGCUUUUAGAAAUAAGAGAUUGCACAUUAUCUGACAGCUUACAGCCUGUUCUCUGAGAAUUUGCAAUCUGUUAGCAUUUCCAUUAGACAGUGAGAUGAUUUUUAAAACGUUAUUAGGAAAAAAUACUUACUGUUCCAAUUAACAGGUUUAGUUUUCAUUCAAAGAUACAGAAUAUGAGAACUCUGACAACGGACAAAAGCUUAGAGAAACAGUUUGCUCACAAGUUCUCUCUGCAUGAGAGAUACAGCAACCCCGGACAAUUGUUUCGGCCUUCUUUGGGACCUCGUCAGUGAGGUGCAGCUGAUAUCCCUCUAGGGACAGUGAGCACGGGGUUCACAUCUAGAUUGCACUUUUAACUUGGGAAGAGACAAGUUAAUGCAUUGCAGCAGAAACAGAGAAUAUGAGAAGUCUGAGAAUCGACAAAAAGUCAAUAGCUUGCCUUCAGUGACGAAGCCCAAAGAAGGCCGAAACAAUCACCCAAGGUUGCUGCAUCUCUUGCGCAGAGAGAACUUGCUGCCAUAUUGGUUCUGGACUGCCCUUAUGUUUGGGAUCAGUCUGCUAUACCUUGGAAUAGGUUCUCUCUGUAAUGGUACAAGUGAGCAAAAACUAUUUGGAGACCUGAGCAGGGAUUUACUGAAGGAAAUGCUACUGAUUUUCUCUAAGCUUUUGUCCAACUGUUUUUGUUGCAAUGCAUUAACUUGUCUCUCUCCAAGUUAAGGGGUAACCCAAACGUAGACCCUGUGCUCACUGUGCUUAGAGGGGUAACAGCUACACCUCACUGAUGAGGCCCAAAGAAAGCAGAAAUGAUCGUCCAGGGUUGCUGUAUUUCAUUGGUCAUGCAAACAUUUUCAGAUGCAUAUGAUUAUGAACAACAAGAGUGCUAUGCCAUAUGAGAGAUAAUGUUGCUAAACUUACCUUAUUAUCUCUCUAGAAUUAACAAUUGCAGAAUUAAGUUUUCACUUUAUACAUUAAUUUAUUGUAUAUUCAAUACACUGAAAUUAUAUCAUUUUAACAAUCACCUUAUCAUUACAGGAGCAAUACACUCACUGUCACUAAUUACAUGUAAUUUACAGAACAAAGACUUGCAGUGGGUUGCUGACACAAGGAUCUGUGCAUUUGAAAAGUAAGCUGCAGUAUGUCACCGUGAUUGAGAGUACAAGGGGAGGAAGGCUGACCUUUGUAUAUUUUUAGAUAUAUUCAAUACGGUAUCAGUUACGACUACAUGUUUUACAGGAACAUACUUUUGUGCUUGGCUUAUCAAUAUCUUGUACUAGUUCCUAUAUUCCAAUUUAAAUUAAAUUAUUCAGCUCCAGUAGCAGUAAAUAAAGAUAUCAAUUUAAAUUACUAAAACAUUCUAGGAGGUGUGGUCUACCCCUUUUUAUUUCUCUUUAAAAUGUUGGUAAGCAUGGGUGAAACUGAUUCUUCUCUGACCUCUCAAAUAACCUCAGGGGUAUUUAGUUUACUAUGGACAUUUUUCCAGAGGCAUCAUUGGGCAUUUUAGAUGCCUUCAUUAUAGGUAUGUCAGUAGAGACAGGAUGAGUAACCUGCCUGUGGCACAUAGCUUUGAAGGUCAGUUUUAAGGCUUGUCUUCAAGGUAAAAAGGCCAAAUGCUCUUGGGGCAUUCAGCCCACAAAAAGAGAUCUUCAGGAGCACUCUGCAUGAGUUGGGCAACUAUAGGCCAGUAAGCCUUACUUCAGUAGUGGGGAAAGUGAUGGAAACCAUGUUAAAGGAUAGGUUGAUGAACAUCUAAAAACACAUGGAUUUCAAGAUCAGAGACAACAUGGGUUUACUUCAGGGAGAUCAUGCCAUACUAAUCUUAUUGAUUUUUUUGAUUGGGUAACUAAAAUUAUAGAUCAGGGUGGUGCAGUAGACAUUGCUUACCUAGAUUUCAGUAAGGCUUUUGCCACUCUUCCACAUAGAAGGCUCAUCAACAAAUAGCAAUCUUUAAGUUUGGAUUCCAAUAUUGUUGAAUGGGUAAGGCAGUGGCUGAGUGACAGGCAACAGAGGGUUGUAGUUAAUGGAAUAUAUUCGAAGCUUGGACUUGUCACCAGUGGGGUACCUCAGGGAUUUGUACUUGGACCCAUUCUCUUUAAUAUUUUUAUUAGUGAUAUUGCAGAAGGUCUUGAUGGUAAGGUAUGUCUUUUUGCUGAUGAUACUAAGAUAUGUAACAGGGUUGAUGUUCCAGGAGGGAUAAGCCAAAUGGCAAAUGAUUUAGGUAAACUAGAAAAAUGGUCAGAAUUGUGGCAACUGACAUUUAAUGUGGAUAAGUGCAAGAUAAUGCAUCUUGGACGUAAAAACCCAAGGGCAGAGUACAGAAUAUUUGAUAGAGUCCUAACCUCAACAUAUGAGGAAAGGGAUUUAGGGGUGAUUAUUUCUGAUGACUUAAAGGUAGGCAGACAAUGUAAUAGAGCAGCAGGAAAUGCUAGCAGAAUGCUUGGUUGUAUAGGGAGAGGUAUUAGCAGUAGAAAGAGGGAAGUGCUCAUGCCACUGUACAGAACACUGGUGAGACCUCACUUGGAGUAUUGUACACAGUACUGGAGACCGUAUCUUCAGAAGGAUAUUGAUACCUUAGAGAGGGUUCAGAGAAGGGCUACUAAACUGGUUAAUGGAUUGCGGGAUAAAACUUACCAGGAAAGGUUAAAGGAUCUUCACAUGUAUAGCUUGGAGGAAAGACGAGACAGGUGGGAUAUGAUAGAAACAUUUAAAUAUAUAAAGGGAAUCAACACAGUAAAGGAGGAGACUAUAUUUAAAAGAAGAAAAACUACCACAACAAGAGGACAUAGUCUUAAAUUAGAGGGACAAAGGUUUAAAAAUAAUAUCAGGAAGUAUUACUUUACUGAGAGGGUAGUGGAUGCAUGGAAUAGCCUUCCAGCUCAAGUGGUAGAGGUUAACACAGUAAAGGAGUUUAAGCAUGCGUGGGAUAGGCAUAAGGCUAUCCUAACUAUAAGAUAAGACUAGGGACUAAUGAAAGUAUUUAGAAAAUUGGGCAGACUAGAUGGGCCGAAUGGUUCUUAUCUGCCUUCACAUUCUAUGUUUCUAUGUUUCUAAGUGCACGCUGACAGCAUAUCUUCCUGGACUUGGCUAAAUCUUUCAUGAAAGGAACCCUGUGGUAUUACAGCCUGCCCAUCCUAUUUCCCAUUGUAAGAACUAACAAUGUUGGAAGAUAUAAAAUUAUUUUAAAAUUAGCCAUAUCAUAUGUUUCCCUGUAUAAAGAUGUAAUAUAAAUUUUGAAAUACCAUAUCUAUUUUGUCUUAUAGAGAGGCCAUUUCUUGGUUAAAUAAUUCAAAGUGAAUCUCAGAUUUGAGAGAGUUUCUAGGUUGGCUCUUUUAACAUUGAAUCAAAAUUAAUUUUGAAUUCACAGUGAGUAACCCUGAAGGUAUUUACAUGGUAUCUAAACUAAUGUCAUGCUCUCAUAAGGGGAAUAUUAUCAUUUGUCCUCUGCCUAGUACCAUCCACUUUUAUUUGGAUGCUCUCUCACUUUAAGUACUGGUCUACACCUUUUUACAGUUGACUUUAGACUUGUGUCAUAGGGUCACCAACCACUUAUAUCAGGGUGCUAAAGAUAAUGUGGACAGGCAUAUUAUACAUAAUAUUGUGUAUAUUUUGGUAGGACAGUAUGUGGAUUUAUAAAUUACAUGUAUCAAUGAAUAUUUUUCAAAUAAAACUACAGUCUAAUUAGACCAUUUCAUUAUAACAAUCCCUGGCCUCAUGGAUCAGGCGGUGUGUUGUUCCAGCGCAUCCUACAGAUGCUCAAUUGGAUUGCGAUCUGGGGAAUCUGGAGACCAAGGCAAAACCUUGAACUCUUUGUUGUAUUCCUCAAACCAUUCCUAAACAAUUUUUUGCAGUGUGGGUACAUUAUACUGCUGAAAGAGGCCACUGUCAUCAGUGAACACCUUUGCCAUGAAAGGGAGUAUGUGGUCGGCAACAAUCUUGAGGUAGGUGGUACAUGUCAAAGUAACAUUCACAUGAAUGCUGGGACCAGAGGUUUCCCAGCAGAACAUUGCACAUAGCAUAACACUGCCUCUGCCGGCUUGCCUGCUUCCAUCUCUUCCCCAGGAAAACGACACACACGUACCUGGCCAUCCACCUGAUCUAAAAGAAAACAUGCUUUAUCAGAUCUAGUUACCUUCUUACAUUGUUCCAUGGUCCAUUUCUGAUGCCCACAUCCCCGUUGAAGGCGCUUUCGGUGAAAGAACCAUAUGUAGCAAACUGUGAUGCACUGUGUGUUUUGACACCUUUCUAUCAUUUUUCAGCAAUUUUAGCUACCGUAGCUCUUCUGUGAAUUUCACACGAGUCACGACUUGCUUUUUUGGAGAUGUUCUGACCCAGUUGUCUAGCCAUUACUACUUGUCCUUUGUCAAAGUCAUUCAUAUGUUUUCGCUUGCCCAUUUUUCCUGAUUCCAACACAUGAAAUUCAAGAACUGACUGUUCACUUGCUGCAUAAUAUAACCCACCCCUUGGUAGGUGUCAUUGUAUCAAUAUAAUAAAUGUUAUACACUACAGCUGUUGGUAGUUUUAAUGUUGUGGCUGAUCAGUGUAAGUAAUUAUGACAUAUUUCAGCCUGAUGCCAUCAUACAUACAUGUAAGGUCAGGUACGGUUUUGUACUGUCACUGUUUGCAUAGAUGAAGGCUUCCUUUUGUUAUAUCAACACGUCACUUUGGAACAGAUUAAUGUGUGCAAAGUGCAGUUGAUUUUUUCGACAUGUUACUUUCAAUCCAUGUCAGACAGACCCAUUGCAUUGUAUCAUAACACUCAGGGCCGGCGCGUCCAUAAGGCGGCACAGGCGGCCGCCUUAGGGCGCACCGGUUUCGGGGGCGCAAUAUUUCAGUGACCGGCAGGCUCUCCCUCCUGCCAGGCCACCAUCUCGACCCCCGGCGCGGCGUGCGGCAGUGCUGUGAUCAGACGCAGCGAGGGAGCUCUAACCUCUCCGCUCUGCUCCCUCGCGCGCUGUCUACUGAUGCCGCGGGAGCCGGAAUAUGACGUCAUAUUCCGGCUCCCGCGGUAUCAGAAGGCAGCCGCGAGGGAGCAGAGCGGAGAGGUUAGAGCUCCCUCGCCGCGUCUGAUCACAGCACUGCCGCAUGCCUCCCAGCAGCCCCACUGGACCCAAGGGAAUGAUUCAUCAUCCACACCAGCUCUCCAGGUAGGGAGGCUGGGUGGAAAAUGUUUAUUUAUUAAAAUAAUUAGUGAGUGUGUGUAUGCGUGUCUGUUUGUCUGUGAGUGACUGUCUGUGUGUGAGUGUCUGUGUGUGACUGUGUGUGUAUGUGUGUCUGUGAGUGACUGUCUGUGAUUGAGUGUGUGUCUGUGUGUGAGUGUAUGUGUGCCUGAGUGACUGUGUGUCUGUGAGUGACUGUCUGUGAUUGAGUGUGUGUCUGUGUGUGAGUGUCUGUGUGUGACUGUGUGUGUGUCUGUGUGUGAGUGUAUGUGUGCCUGAGUGACUGUGUGCCUGUGAGUGACUGUCUGUGAUUGAGUGUGUGUCUGUGUGUGUGUCUGUGUGUGUCUGUGUGUGAGUGUAUGUGUGCCUGAGUGACUGUGUGUCUGUGAGUGACUGUCUGUGAUUGAGUGUGUGUCUGUGUGUGAGUGUCUGUGUGUCUGUGUGUGUGUAUGUGUGUCUGUGUGUGAGUGUAUGUGUGCCUGAGUGACUGUGUGCCUGUGAGUGACUGUGUGCAUGAGUAUGUGUGUCUGUGAGUGAGUGUAGUGAGUAUGUGUGUGUGUGUGUGUGUGUCUGUGAGUGCUUGUAUGAGUACUGCAUGUGAGUGUAUGAGUGUGGCAGUGUAUGUGUGUCUGUCAGUGUGUGUUUGUGAGUGUCUGUCAAAUCAGUGAGAGUAUCUUUGUCAUUGAGUCUGUGUGUGAGUAUCAGUGUGUCUGUCAAUGAAUGAGUGUGUGUCAGAUUAGUGAGUCUGUGUGUUUGUCAUUGAGUGUGUGUGACUGUCAGUGUGUAUACACCACUGAGUGUAGCGUAGCGGAGCGCAGUACAGGAGCUUCUGUUUCCUGUACCCGGCCAGACUGACCGGAGGUGCUCACUGAGAGAGCACUCCCUGUCAGUCUGGCCAGGUACAGAAAAUUGAAGCUCCUGUAGGGGAUAUCCUCCACUCGGCAACUCUACAAGAGAGGUAGGAGGCACACCAGGAAGGGGAGUGCGACCACUAAAGGGGUGGGGGGGUGCACCAAGGGAUAGGGAGGGGAGGGGAGAGAAACACCAAGGGACAGGAAAAAGAGGGGAGAGCUUAGAAGAACACUAAGGGACAGGGAAGGGAGGGGACCACUAAUGGAUGGGGAGAGGGGCUGGUUAAGAGGCACAUAGGUGAAGAUGUUAUUUUGGGGGGGGUGGAAAGAUACAUCUUCGCCUAUGUACCCAAAAAUCUUUGCACCGGCCCUGAUAACACUUGCAAUCUAUAUGAGGCAUGCACCAUUGCAAUUAUUGUGUCAGACACCUUACUGUAUCUGCCAAUUAAGGCAUAGCUGGUUAUUUAAGAUGUCACACUCUUUCGGUAUGAAUUCAAUACAUACAAUUGUCUUACAUAUGCCACUUUCCCCUAUCCAUCACCAUGCAAUGGCUUAUUUUAAUCUGUCAUUUUCUGUAUGUCUAAGAGCAGAUGAAGUGUGUAUAAAUAUAUAUUUUUACACCUAUACUUGAAUAGAUGGAGGUCACAUGCAAUAUAUUUUUGAACACCGUGGCUAUAAAUGCUCUAUAGGAACCAUGUGCUGGGCUUAUGUUACUCCCUUUGAUAUAAUUGCAUGUACUGUGUAAUUUUACUAUUCUUAUGUAUUUCGCUAUACAAUUAAAAGGGGUACGCCUUGCAUUUGAUUAUUCCCAUACAUAGCUUUCUAUAGGUAUUAAGACAUACACCAUGUCAAUUUAUUAUAUUUAUCAGAAAAAAAGCAAAAAAGCAAUAUAAGUAAAAAAAAAGAAAAAAAAAAAAGAAACUUUCCUCAGUGUUUAGGUAAUGUACACAACACACAAAACACUAGCUUGAGAGGGCAGCACCAAAAAUCUACUAUAAUACGUAACCCUUAGUGCAACACAAAAAAAACACAAUAGUUGUCUAUAUUAAAUGUAGUGCAAACUAGUUUUGGCUUUGAAGACUGUGCCCUUUUGUCAGCAGCAAAACCUAUUCUGGAGAUAAGCCCAGGCCAGCGCCACCGUUAGGUGAACUAGGCAUUUGCCUAGUGCUCUGGCCUGCUGGGGGCGCCCACUCGGAUGUUUCCUGGUGGGCUCCCCCUGUAUGGGGCCGCAGCACUGAGAGAGCAGCUCUUGAGCCGCCCCCAGCGCUGGGCCGAUCCUCAAGGCGCCCGUAGGUGGGGGCGCCGAGAGGAGAGGUGUCACAGGGGGCCCAGGAGGUGGCCAUCUGGCCACCUCAGGGCGCCCCCGAACCUGUAUUAGGCAGGGCCAGACUGGGGAUAGAAAGCAGCAUGGAAAUUUUUUUUGUGCCAGCCCCAUAAGUCACUGCGCCAUAUAUUGUCGCGUGUAAUAUGUAAGGCUAUGUCUUGCCAUGACAGAUGAUUGAGUAAUAUAUAUAUAUAUAUAUAUAUAUAUAUAUAUUGCUUUUUCUAAUAUAAAAUAUUGGUCCUUUCAGGGUAAAACGUUUAAUUAUACAGUAAGCAUACUCACAUGCAGACACAGGCAAUUUCACUGACAUCUCAAUGACACACACAAGCUCAUUGAUAUACAGCCUCAUAGACAAACAAUCUCACUGAUAUAAAUCAUUUCAUUGACAUAAAAACACAAGCUCACUCACUAGCAGGCACAUGCAUGCAAGCAAGCUCACUCACUAGCAGAUGCACACACACAGCUUAAUGUAGUGGUACUGGUGUCUAUAGCAUGUCCCUACAGGCUUUUCAACAUUAACACUGACUUUUCAGAGAAAAGGCAGUGUUUACAUUGCUUCAAAGUGACACUGCUAGUGACAGUCACUCAGACUGUGACAGACACAGAAACACACAUAUACCAUGACAGAUACACACCCCAUGACAGAUACACACCCCAUGACAGAUACACACCCCAUGACAGACCAUGACACAGACAGACCCACACACACACACACCAUGACACAGACAGACACACAUACCAUGACACAGACAGGCACACACACCAUGACACAGAUAGGCACACACACCAUGACACAUACAGACACACACACCAUGACACAGACAGACACACACCCCAUGACGGACAGACACACACACACCCCAUGACGGACAGACAGACAGACACACCCCAUGACGGACAGACGGACACACACCCCAUGACAGAUACACACCCCAUGACAGACCAUGACACAGACAGACCAACACACACACCAUGACACAGACAGGCACACAUACCAUAACACAGACAGGCACACACACCAUGACACAGACGGACACACACACCAUUACAGAGGCAGACACACACACCAUGACAGAGGCAGACACACACACCAUGACACAGACAGACACACACCCCAUGACGGACAGACACACACCCCAUGACGGACAGACACACACCCCAUGACGGACAGACAGACACACACCCAAUGACGGACAGACAGACACACACCCCAUGAUGGACAGACACACACCCCAUGAUGGACAGACACACACACACCAUACAGACAGACACCAUGACACACACACACACACACCAGACAGACACACACCAUACAGACACCAUGACACAGACAGACAGACACACACACCAUAACAGACAGACAAACUCAUACUGACACAUUACUAAUACCUGCCAGGGGGAGGUCUUCUGGAGGCCGCUGGGGAGGUCUGCUGGGGGACUUGUACUGGAGGCCGCUGGGGAGGUCUGCUGGCGGCAGCUGGGGGACUUGUACUAGCGGCCGCUGGGGGAGCUGCGCUGGCUCUGCUCUCCCGCCCUCGCGCGCUGCUGAAUGAGACCCAUAUGACGUCAUAUUCCGGCGCCGGUCUCAUUCAGCAGCGCGCGAGGGCGGGAGAGCAGAGCCAGCGCAGCUCCCCCAGCGACUGCCAGAAGACCUCCCCAGCGGCCGCCAGCAGACCCAGGUGUCUGCCAGGCCCCAGGUGCCGACGGCCCACCGGGAAAUUUCCCGGUAUCCCAGUGGGCCAGUCCGGUCCUGGUAUUAAGUAAGGCAGAGCAAGCACCUGCUUACCUUGAUGGCAGGUGCCUUCUCUGCCAAAAAACGCCGGUGCCUGGAGGAGUGGGAGAUAAGAGCAGGAAGGUGGUGAGGGAGCCUCUCACUCCUCCCCCUCGUGCCCUCUUUAAUGCUGGGAGCCGGAAUAUGACGUCAUUCUGGCCCCGGCAUACUAAACGGCGCACUGGAAGAGUGAGGAGCUGCUCCACACUGCACCCCAGCAGGGAGGUGAGUGUUUGAGUGUGUCAGUGAGUGUCUUCCUGUGUGUGUGUUUGUCAGGGAGUGUCUGUGUGUGUGUGUCUGUCAGUGAGUGUGUGUUUGUGUGUCUGUUAGUAAGUGAGUGUAUGUCUGUCUGUCAGUAGGUGUCUGUGUUUCUGUCAGUGAGUGUAUGUAUGUCAGUGAGUGUCUGUGUGUGUGUGUGUGAGUGUAUGUAUGUCAGUAAGUGUCUGUCAGUAAGUUAGUGUAUGUAUGUCAGUGAGUGUCUGUGUCAGUGAGUGUCUGUGUGUGUGUGUGUGUGUGUGUCUGUCUGUCUGUCAGUAAGUGUGUUUGUGUGUCAGUGAGUGAAAGUCUGUCAGUAAGUGUGUGUGUCUGUCUGUCUGUCAUUAACCCCUUUAGGAACAAACUUCUGGAAUAAAAGGGAAUCAUGACAUGUCACACAUGUCAUGUGUCCUUAAGGGGUUAAGUGUGUCUGUCAGUGAGUAUCUGUGUGUAUGUGAGUGUCUGUCUGUCUGUUAGUGUCUGUGUGUGUCUGUCAGUGAGUGAGUGUAUGUAUGCCAGUGAGUGUCUGUGUGUGUGUGUGUGUGUGUGUGUCAGUGAGUGAAAGUCUGUUAGUAAGUGUGUAUGUCUGUCAGUAAGUGUGUGUCUGUCAGUGAGAGUAUCUGUGUGUUUGUGUGUCUGUGAGUGUGUGUGUGUGUUUGUGUGUCUGUGUGUGUCUGUCAGUGAGUGAGUAUAUGUCAGUGAGUGUUUGCCUGUUAGUAAGUGAGUGUAUGUCUGUCUGUCAGUAAGUGUGUGUGUGUCUGUCAGUGAGUGAGUGUAUGUGUACCAGUGAGUGUCUUUGUGUCUGUCUGUCAGUAAGUGUCUGUCUGUCUUUGUGUAUGUCUGUCUGUCUGUCAGUCAGUGAGUGUAUGUGUCUGUCAGUGAGUGAGUGUAUGUUUGUGUGUGUCUGUCUAUCAAUGAGUGAGUAUGUAUGUCAGUAAGUGUCUGUGUCUGUCAGUGAGGGAGUGUCUGUGUCUGUCAGUGAGUGAGUGUAUGUUUGUCAGUAAGUGUGUGUGUGUGUUUGUGUGUCUGUAUGUGUCUGUAAAUGAGUGAGUAUAUGUCAGUGAGUGUGUGUGUGUGUGUGUGUCUGUCUGUCAGUAAAUGAGUGUGUGUGUGUAUGUGUGUGUGUGUGUAUCUGUCAGUGAUUGAGUGUAUGUAUGUCAGUGAGUGUCUGUGUGUGUCUGUCAGUUAGUGUAUGUCUGUCAGUAAGUGACUGUCUGUGUGUAUGUCUGUCUGUCAGUGAGUGUCUGUGUCUGUCAGUGAGUGAGUGUAUGUUUGUGUGUGUCUGUCUGUCAAUGAGUGAGUAUGUAUGUCAGUGAGUGUCUGUGUCUGUCAGUGAGUGUGUGUGUGUCUGUCAGUGAGUGAGUGUAUGUUUGUCAGUAAGUGUCUGUGUGUGUGUGUCUGUGUAUCUGUCAGUGAGUGUGUGUAUCUGUGAGUUAGUGAUACGAGGGGGCGGCAAAAUGUCAGUAAGUGUCUGUGUGUGUGUGUCUGUCAGUGAGUGUAUGUGUACCAGUGAGUGUCUGUGUGUCUGUCUGUCAGUAAGUGUCUGUCUGUCUUUGUGUAUGUCUGUCUGUCUGUCAGUGAGUGAGUGUAUGUUUGUGUGUGUCUGUCUAUCAAUGAGUGAGUAUGUAUGUCAGUAAGUGUCUGUGUCUGUCAGUGAGGGAGUGUCUGUGUCUGUCAGUGAGUGAGUGUAUGUUUGUCAGUAAGUGUGUGUUUGUGUGUCUGUAUGUGUCUGUAAAUGAGUGAGUAUAUGUCAGUGAAUGUGUGUGUGUGUCAGUAAGUGAGUGUGUGUGUAUGUGUGUGUGUAUCUGUCAGUAAGUGAGUGUGUGUGUGUGUGUAUGUGUGUGUGUAUCUGUCAGUGAGUGAGUGUAUGUAUGUCAGUGAGUGUCUGUGUGUGUCUGUCUGUCUGUCAGUGAGUGUCUGUGUCUGUCAGUGAGUGAGUGUAUGUUUGUGUGUGUCUGUCUGUCAAUGAGUGGGUAUGUAUGUCAGUGAGUGUCUGUGUCUGUCAGUGAGUGUGUGUGUGUCUGUCAGUGAGUGAGUGUAUGUUUGUCAGUAAGUGUCUGUGUGUGUGUGUGUCUGUGUAUCUGUCAGUGAGUGUGUGUAUCUGUAAGUGAGUUAGUGAUACGAGGGGGCGGCAAAAUGGAUCUUGGCCUAGGGCGGCAGAAAUCCUUGCACCGGCCCUGGAUAAGCCCUGUAUCCCCCGAUAAUAUAGAAAUAGAAAGAAAUCGAGAGCAAUAUAGUGCAGUAUCUUAAAUAAAAACAGUAAAAAUAUUGGACCACCAAGUUUGACACCAAGAAAGAUUUCAGCCACAGCUGUCAGAAGUAUUGUUCGGCAUACAUACAUACAAAAACUCACAGGUAACCUCAGGAUAAAUACUGGCUGCUCUGGAAAUAGACGGUAUGGUUGUUUCAAGGAGCACAAUACGACGAUACUUGAACAAUAAUUAGCUGCAUUGUUGAGUUGUCAGAAAGAAGCCUUUAUUGCGCCAAUGUCACAAAAAAGCCUGGUUACAAUAUGCUCGAAAACAACUUGACAUGCCUCACGGCUUCUGGCACACUGUAAAUUGGAGUGACAAGACCAACAUAGAGCUAUGUUUGGAGAGGCGUGAACCACUAAAACGAAUACCAUCCCCACUAUGGUGGUGGAUGUUUUGGGGAGGGGAGAGCUCUAAAGGCAUGGGGAACCUUGUGAAAAUUGAUGGCAAGAUGAAUGCAGUAUGUUAUCAGAAAAUACUCGCAGACAAUUUACAUUCUUUGCAUGAAGGCUGUGCAUGGGAUGCUCUUGGUCUUUCCAUCAUGACAAUGACCCUAUACACAAGGCCAAGUGGACCAUCCAGUGAUUACAGCAGAAAAAGGUGAAGGUUCUUGAUUGGCCAUCACAAUCUCCUGACCUUAAUUUCAUUGAGCCACUCUGGGGAGAUCUCAAACGACCAAAGACUUUGCAUGACCUGGAGGCAUUUUUCCAAGACGAAUGGGCAGCUAAACCACCUUUACGAAUUAGAGACCUCACAGACAACUAUUACAAAAGACUGCAUGCUCUCAUUGGUGCUAGAGGGGGUAAUACACAGUAUUAAGAACACGAGCAUGCAGCAUUUUGAACAGGGGUCAUUUCAUUUUUUUAUUUGUUGCCAUAUUUUGUUUUAUAAUUGUGCCAUUCUUGUAUAACCUACAGUUAAUUAUGAAUCCCAUAAGAAAUAAAAGAAAUGUGUUUUGCCUGCUCACUCAUGUUUUUUCUUUAAAAAUAGUACAUAUAUAUUCAAUUCUCCAAGGGUAUGCAAACUUUUGGGCACAACUGUAUAUGCGCAAGAGCAGAGCUGCAGGAACAGUUUUGGAGGGUGCACAACUCAGUUUCUCAAGCUCCUCCAGUAUCUAUGUGUGAGGCUGGAAAUGAAGUGGAAGGGACACUUCACAUUCUGUCCACUAAGCCUCUCACACAAGAAAUGUCUUGCAGGAGCAGAAGGAGCAGCAUUGAGUGAUGCACACUGUAUAACAGCUAUUCCAGCUCUGUUACCAAUCAUAAGAGACAGACAGGAGACAUGUGUAAUUUAACUCUGACAUUAACCCCUCUCUAACCUCAACCUCCUGUUAACCAUAAUCAUUUAUAAAAAAUGUUUACCCUGCAUUUGUUUGAACAGUGGCAGCCAUUCACUAUACUUGAAAAUUCACUCACAGAAAUAUACACAUACCUUUUUUUUUUUUUUUUUUUAAUCAAUGGGGAGCUACUGAUUGGCUUAGAGCAUCAGCUGACUGCUGUAAGCCAAUCAGCAGUGCUCCUGCCCCACAGCACUCCACGCUUCCUGAAACUGAGAUUCAGAUUCUAGAUGCAGCCUGCGGGACCUGCAUAUUGGCGCUGGAGGCACACUUUGGGGUUUAGCUAUUGAGAACAGUUUAACUCCUUAAGGUAAGAGUCCCCCAGGGGUCUCCUGGUAUAUAUUUUUUAAAAAUGCUUUGUGAAUGAAGCACUUGACAUAUACAUAGUGAACAGUAAACAUUGCCAAAGUUAUGUUAUUACAGUCAGAUUUCGGUCCAUCUCAGUCACGUGUGGCUUAGUGUUCCGGUUUGUCAAGAUACCUUCGUUUUGCUUUUUAUUUUUAUAUUUUUAUAUGAUGUAAUAUACAACUGUAAUGAUAGUUCGUAGACUAAGUAACCAAACUUUUCAACAGUGCUUAUGGAGGCCUAUGUAUCCGUCUACUUUUCUGGUAGGGCUCAUGGCACCUGUCUCCUCUAAGGUUGCCGCUAAGCCGGGAUAAGUCCCGCCCUAUAUUUAUUCAUAACUUUCGGAAUUGGCUAUCGGGCCAAGUUACCCACCGGACAAGCAACAGAGAGAGAUAGAAAGAAAAGGGGAGGAAGUAAGAGAGAGAUAAAAGUAUUAGAGGGGGUUCAUCAGGCUGGAGAAUGUCGGCGCCAUGGUGUAUGUUUUGUAUGAUCCCAUGUUAAUUGGGACCCUAUCGGGGGCCAUCUUGUAGUGGGUUGGGGUGAGGUCGGUCGCGCCCUAUCUGUGCUUAUGCUCACUUAGGUUAGAUCGCUAGAAGUCCAGGGUUCCCACAUUUCCUCAAAUCGUGACAUAGACCCUCGAAACCUUGCUGUUAAGCUGUCCAUAAGGUAUACAUCUUUUAUGUUUGACAGAACGGUUCUCACAGGGGGUACUUCUACUUUCAGCCACGUUUGGGCUAGCGCUCUCCUGGCCGCUAACGUCAUCUUGUGUAUUAAUUUUUGCUCUCUUUUUGUCCAGUCCUCUAGGGGUUUGUUAAGUAAGUAUGUCCAUGGGCUUUAAUCUGGUGCUCUAUGAAAUAUGUGCAAUAUCAAGAUAUGUAUCUCCUUCCAGAAGAUUUGAACCUGAGGGCAUUCCCACCACAUAUGAAUGUAUGUGCCUUUAAGGCCACAUCCCCUCCAGCAGUCGUCGGUAGGAGUUUUCCCCAUUUGACGCAAUUUAACUGGUGUAGUGUACCACCUGAACAGUGUCUUAUAUGCUUGUUCUUGGAAAGACACACAUAUGGAUACUGAAGUGUUCGCCUCCCAGAUCUCCCUCCAUUCUACUCCCUCCAGUAUCUCCCCCUCUAGUUCCCUCUCCCACUUGUCCGUGUAGGUGAGUGUGCCCCAUUCAUCAGUUUCUGAGCUAAUGUGUGCAUAUAGCUUUGAAAUAAGACCCGGUGGUAUGCAUUCGUUUAGGCACAUUCUUUCAAAGAAAGACAUGUGCCCUGUUGCUGCUUGUUGUAGAUGUGGAUGUUUCAUAUAGUCUUUAAGUUGUUUGUAUCGGAAGAAGCCAGCUAGGGUGAGGUGUGUCGUCUGUUGCUGGUGAUCGAAUGUAACUAACAUGUUAUUCUUAUACAUAUGGCAUAUCCUUUGGAGGCACGCUUUUUCAAGGUUAGCGAAGUCUCUUGCUGUCAUUCCGGGGGGGGGACGGCUCUGUUUCUGAACAGUGAGGGGAGCGGUGAUGGGACGGAAACUAGUUUAAAUUUGUGGGCUGUGGCAUCCCAUAUUUUCAGGGAAUUAAGAAUCGCCGGGCAGGUUGUGCGUAGGAUGGGCCUAUCCUCUUUUGGCACCCACAUGUAGAAUUGGAGUAGGUCUACUCCUGUCAAGAGGGACUCAAGGUCUACCCAUCUCCUUUCUUCUAGAGGGCCGUGCCACAUCGCCACCUGUGAGAGUUGGGCUGCUAGGUAAUAAAAAUAUAAGUGUGGCAGGCCCAGACCCCCUCUUUGUUUUUGUCUAAAUAGGAUAUUUCUCGAAAUCCUAUGCCUUCUAUUUUUCCAUAUAAAUUUUCCUAUUGCUUGUUGUAAUGGUGCUAGGUCGGAUUUAGUGAUUUUGAUGGGUAGGGCCUGGAAAAGGAACAACACACGGGGCAAUAUAUUCAUUUUUACCGAGUGUACGCAUCCUAUCCACGAGAUGGGCUUAUCACGCCAUUUUUCCAUGUCUGUUGUGAGUGUCCUUAUUAGUGGGGUGUAGUUUAGGUGAUAUAGUUUAGCCGGGUCAUCUGGCAAGUAAAUCCCUAGGUACUUGAUGUGUCCCUGUGGUAGAGGCUUGCUGUGGGCCGCUCGCACUGCCGCCGUGUCAGCCGCAGACAUUCCCACAGGAAGGGCACUAGAUUUUUCCAGGUUAGCUUUAUACCCUGAGAAGGUUCUGUAUUAUGUAAGGACCUCAGCGAGAGCGUCCAUUGAUUCCUUUGGCUCCGUGAUCGUCAGGAGGAUAUCAUCCGCGUAUGCAGAAACUAGAAAUUCCUGGUCUCCCACCUUGACUCCCCGGAUGCAAGGGUGUUUCUGUAUGGCCUGUAGUAGGGGUUCUAGUGACAAUGUGAACAGCCUCGUGCCGUUGCACUUGGGGCCAAGUGCCCGCGAUUUUUACUUGGGUUACAUUGCUGUACAUUGCUUUUAUUGAGGUAACGUAUUUAUCUUGCAAUCCCAUGAACGUUAGGUACUUGAAGAGAUAGGGCCACCCGACUCUAUCGAACGCCUUCUCAGCGUCGAUAGAUACUACUAAGGUGGGUGAAUUGGUUAUUUUUUGUCGCCAUAUUAUGUCUAUGUUCCUUCUGGUGUUCUCAAAUAGUUGGCGGCCUGGCAUAAAGCCCACUUGGUCUGGGUGUAUCAAUGUUUUCAAGUCGCUCUGCUAACACUUUUGCUAUUAUCUUGAUGUCAUGAUUGAUCAGGGAGAUAGGCCUGUAGUUUGCUGGUAGCAUGGGGUCCCUACCUGGUUUCGGGAGAAGGAUUAUGUUUGCCAAAGACAUCCCUUUCUUGGGGUUGCCACCCUCCAUAAAGUUGUUGAAUAGCUGUGCUAACUUGGGAGAGAGUUCUUCCCGGAACGUUUUAUAAUAUCCCCCAUCAAAGCUGUCGGGUCCUGGGGCCUUGUGGCUCUUAAGGCCUGCUAUGGCCUUGUCUAUUUUGUCGCUGGUUAUGUCUUCAUCUAGGUGUUGUGUCGCUUCUCUCGAUAGUUUCGGUAGGUUCAGGUUCCGUGAGAACGUGUGCAUUUUGUCCUCUGCCGCUAGCAGUUGAUCGUUAUUUUUGGGCGUGUGGUUAUAUAACGAUCUAUAAUACUCCGUGAAAAUUUGGGCCACGUCGGCUUGGGUAUUUUUUAUGGUUCCGUCCUUUUGCUUGAUUUCUCCUAUGUGGGAUUGUGUUUGUCUUGACCUUAGAGCCCCCCGCUAAUAGAGUAUAUGUCUUGUUUGCUUUUUCGUAGUAGGCUCAUCUGGACCAAGUGAGCUACCUGGCCGCGUCAUCUAGUAAUAGUUCUAUAAGUGAUCUCCUUGUGUCCCGGAGUACGUUGGCAAGGUGGGGAGUGGGUGUCAUCUUGUGUUUCUGCUCUAUGUUAUGUAGCGAUUCCAAUAGUUGUUUCAGUCGCUGUGUUUUUGUUUUUUGUUUUUUCUAAUGGCUGGCUGUAUGCAUGUGCCCUGAAUUACUGCUUUAUAUGCUGCCCAUAUGGUUCCGUCGUAUUCUCUAGGAAGUAAUCGCGGAUCCCCUGCCUAAUUGCCUCUUGCGCCUGUUGGUCCCUUAGCAGAGUGGGGCUCAGUCUCCAGUUCCACGGUGAAGCAGUGCAUAGGUUCCCUAGUGUUACUGAAACAUCCGUGUGGUCCGACCAUGUGAUGGACCCUAUUGUCGAGUCCACCACCCUGGCCACACCAAUGUCAUUAACCAGAAAGUAGUCAAUCCUUGAAUACGUCCUGUGAGGAGCCGAGUAAAAUGUAUAGUCGACUGUGUCUGGAUGUUGCACUCUCCAGAUGUCUACUAGGCCCGUGGAUUGGAUAAAUUCGUGUAAUGCCUUAUCUUGCUGUCCUUUUCCCUGAUAUCUCGGUUGUCCCGUCUUGGAGAUCCUGUCUGCGGCUGGACACAGCACAGCGUUGAAGUCACCUCCCACAAGUAACAUGCCGUGUGGAAGGGCAUUUAUCUUGGCUGUCAAUGUCUCCCAGAAGUCCCGGUCAGGGGCGUUAGGAGCAUAUAUGUUAAGCAUAUGGAUGGUGUGUGAAUGUAUGGACCCACAUAGGAUGACAAAUCUCCCCUCUGGGUCAGUGUCUAUAGUGGAGAUGUUAACAGGGCAUGUGUUGCGUAUGAGUAUGGCUACCCCGUUCCUUUUCCGAUGUGAUCUAGCUUCAUGUGAUGUGGAGUAGGUGCGGUCACUUACUGUGAAUGCCGUGUUUUUCGUAAUGUGUGUCUCCUGAAGAAAAGCAACAUCCGCCCCCCAUCCUUUUCACGUCCUUGAACAUUAAACGCCUCUUUCUGGGAGCAUUCAGGCCUUUAACGUUGAUAGAUACCACUUUCAGAGCCAUGUCCCGGUAUGGAGUGUUUGCAUUAUCAGACCCUUCAUGUACCCCCCUGGUCGGGCCUGCUUCGUUGCCCGUGUCCCAUGGCGCACUCCAUCCUCCGAACCUGAUGAGUAGAAGUGGGGAAGGGUAUCGAAGAAGAGAAAGGAAAUAACGUAAAAGAGAAAGAAGUGAGAGUAGUUUAUGGUCUUACUAAUCGCCAGAAGUAAACGGGGUGUAGCUCCCGGCCUCGUCCUCCCUAACAAUGGGUCGACGAGUUGUGAGUACAUAAAGCCGGGUGUGACUCUAACACGCAUGUUAGCACUGACCUUAAUGAAACGUAAACCAAAACAGCCGCCUGCAAAUGCAAUCAUGCAUGCUUUCUAUUAAUGAGACAUAUCCAGAAAUAAAACAAAUAAUUGCACUGAAACACUGUGGUGGAUCAAAUGACUGCAGUUUACACUGCCUUGAGACCCUAUCAAGGAUACUUUUCUUCCCAGCUGGUACUUGACCAUUUUCAAUCCAACAAAUCUCCAAGUAUCAUCGCAUCAAUGACCUUUGUAACCUUACUAAUGGAGACAGAGACUAAUCUUCGUCACCUUGGUGUCUGUUUUUCCUUGUUGGAUUGAAAAUGGUGCAUCCUGGGUAUCGGUCCCCUGUGACUCCCUGAUUAGGCCUCCCCUGUCGGUGCUGUGUGGGUCAUAUGUCAGGUCUCUGUUAGCCGUCAAUGGGUCGGGAGAGGGGUCUGCAAGUGUACUGGGGGGUCUUAAUGUGAGCGGUGGAUGGCUGCAUCACUUUUGUCAUCUUGUCAGCUCCCAUCCCUAUCUGAGUAGUGUCCCCUUCCCACAUCCCAUCCCCUGAUCACCUGACCGAUUAUUUUCUCCCUCGUCUCUCCCUUGUGCCCACCCCCUUCCACCGGCUGCUUUUACUGCCCCAUCCCUUCCAUUGGUGAAGCGUUCUCGGAUGUAAACAUUAUAAUACAUAAACAAUAUGAACGAAAACAACCUCAGAUCGUGUCUAUUCUGAGUGAGUGUCAGGGUAACGACUCCAUGGCAGUCAGCCAGUCCCUAAAUGUAGCCAUGUGUGAGCGCCUGGAAGUGACCUCGUGGUGUGCGUAACUCAACGUGCCUUGGUUAAGUGUAGUGAUCAUAAUUUUCGCUCUUGGGGCGUAUGGUUAGCAAGAGCGAAAAUUAUGAUCACUACACUUAACCAAGGCACGUUGAGUUACGCACACCACGAUAGAUAGUAUCUUCACCACACUCGUGAAAUGUUCCACUUCGUGGAAGCCCCCUAGUUAACGUUAUAGCAGCUAGGCCGAACUGAUCGGGGAUAAGUCCUGAUGUAGGCCCAUGAGUGAUUAUGUGUUCUACGGGCAAUUACUAAGCCUGUGUGGGCUGUUGAAUGUGGCAAAUCUAUCCGAGUCCCCAGCACCGUUCCCCACUCCCCGCACAAACCUCCGCUGCCCCAUUUAACAAAGUGUGGUAGAGGGGCGGUUAGCCUCCAGUCCCAUGGUGGCUCAUUUUUCUUGGGGCGCUUGUCUCAAAAUUUACCCCGAAUCCCUAUUCGCCCCCUCCCCAAUCAAUGGGAAGCCCCCCAGCAGUGGUUGGUGUGUGAGCUUUGAGCAGCUCCGGCUAAGUGCCCAGAGUACCUUACGCUCCCGCUGACAGCCACUCCCAUGGUAGGCCUUGCAGUGUUCCCAGGCUGGUCGUCGUGGGGGGAGGUGUGCUGGGGCCUGGAUCUCCAGGAUGGUUAGGAAGGCUGCUGCGUCGUCUCCUGGCUGCAGGGUGUGUGUUCUGCCAUUCUGGAAUACAAAUAAUUUGAAGGGGUAUCCCUAAGCAUAUCGAGUAUCACUUUCCCUCAGGGCAUCUGUUAUUGGUUUCCACUCCCGUCUCCUCUGAAGUGUAGCCGGGGCCAGGUCUUGAUAUAAAGAGAGUUCUGUGCCCUGGAACAUGAUCGGACCAUCUCUGCCUUUUUUCAGCAGGGCUUCCUUGGUUUGAAAGUGCAAGAAGCAGAGCAACACAUCUCUUGGCAUAUUCAUGUCUGUCCGUUGCGUGCGGAGGGCCCUAUGGGUGCGUUCUAUGUCGUAGACCUGUUCGCCAUAUCCUCUAUCGCCAGUUCGGCGGCCAUCAGCCUUCCAGUUAGUAAGUUCACAUAGUCGAUGGCUCUAUUAUGCGCCACUGUGGUGGUUUCGAGGCGUUGUUCCAGCCUCGUGGUGCGAUCUCUGAUCGACUGUAUUUCGCCACAUAGGACUUGGGUGGAGCGCUCAAUCUCUCAUGCUAGGUAGGUUUUGACCUCUGUGAGCUUGGACAAGAUUUGUGUGGUGUCUGGUGCCUGAGGUGCUCUUCCAGGAGUUGUUGCAGGUCGCGCUGGCGAGGUUGAGGCCUCCACAUCUGUGCCGCCGCCAUCUUGCGGGCCCGCUGCGCCUUGGCGGGAAGUGGCAAAAAGUUUGGCCACGGAUACUCCCGUCUCUUCUUUGGGGUUUCCUUGGGGAUUUCUUAGUAGGUAGUUUUUCCAUUUUUGCCGGGUAAUUCUCUAGGUUCAGUGUGCUCAUAUGGGCUAUAAACGGUGUGGUCAGAGCGGAGCUCUACUCAAGCACGUCCAGCUCGCUUCGUGUCCUGGCCACGCCCCCCCCCUGGCAUAUUAACAACUUUAUUUAGAUGAAGUUGUUAUGGUGAUAGGAAUGUCCCUUUAAGUUUUUCUAUAGAGAAUCCUUUGGUGUUGCGAGAUCCUCCACAGACCUCAAUGCUGUACUUUCGCACAUGUGCGAGAGUACAGUUCUAAUGUCGACUCCUGGCAGCUGAAAUGCCAGGAACUGAAGAGGAGGGACAGGAAGAAGAUGGUGCUUGCAAGGGAACGAUUCAGGUAAGUAAAUCUCCACUUUUCCUGCCUCUCCCUCCUCCCCCCCAGCCUCUGGACUAUGAGCUGCGAUGUCACUGUCAGAAAUGCAAAGACCCCACACGGUGACAGAGCCACUUAAAUGAAUGUAGCGAUGCUACCACCAAACAAGUUUUUAUUAAUUCAUUUUCAGUACAUUUAUAAGUAUACAUUAUCAGAUAUACGAAUUUCAUCAAUUGUUAGUAGACUUGUGCACAAAUGCCUUUCAGCUGGUAUAAACAAAUCAAAUGACUUUUAAUCUGCACCUGAACUAACCAAUCUGUUCUGGGGUUUCCUGUGGAUUCUUAUUCAUUGAAUGCUUUAAAAGUGAACCUGUGAUGACAUAUCUGUUUGCAGUUUUCUAACAUCUGGCUUGAUUCAUGUUAUACAAUUAAAUGUUUCUUCCCAUGGUUCUAUUAAAAGCUCAUAUUGUAAUUUAUUUCCAUUACAUCUGUCUCCUACUGAGACCAUCAAUCAUGUUUCAGUGGCUAUAACUUUGUGUAAGACCUCUCCUGCAAACCCCAGUUUGGGAAGCAUAGACUUACUUCCCAUAACUGGUUAAAAGUCCCCAACACUUUAUGUUCGCUUUAUGGUAUGUAUAUAAAAUGUAUCUCUUUUCUUUCUUUAAGUUAAGUUAUUUGAGAUGACAGGUACCCUUUAAGUUUGACAUAACCGCCAUAGACUAGACGGCGUGCUCAGGCAACGAGGACCUAGUCUAGUCCUGUAUUAUGUCUGCUGUAGGUAAAAUGUAUGUGAUGUAGUCAGGGCCAGAUUAAGAGCCCAGUGGGCCUGGUGCUGACAAUUAUGAUGGGCCUAAUUACAAAAUCUUAUCAACCAAAAACACUUAAACAUUCCUACCUACCAAGUGUCAUGUAUCUGAUAGAGAUGGUGCUGGGUGCAGCUAUGAGAAAACACAUACCCUAUGCUAAUUUCAUGCUUUCAUCUUUUAAGUAAAUCCAUACCCCCUAACAGCAGUGUCCAGUAAAGCAGGAAGUCUAUGCAUGGGGUAAAAGUGUGGGCCACUGACGCAAAUCACAUAACCAGAACUGCCGAAAGGGGAGAACAUACCUAAAAGGGGGCAUGUCUGUGUCCGCAUGUAUCCCAGUCCCUUAGUGUCUGUGUCCCCAUGUCUCCCAGUGUCCACAUAUCACUAGGACACUAGGGGACAUUGAGAGACAUUGGUACACUGGGAGACAUGGGGAAACUGAGAUACUAGGGAACGCUGGGAGAUCUGGGGACACUGAGACACUUGGAGACAUGGGUACACUGGGUGACUUUUAGACCUGAAAGGGACACUGGGAGACAUAGGGCACUGAGACACUGUGAUACAUAGGGGACACUGUGAUAUAUAGGGGACACUGGAGACUUGAUAAAGACCUGGGUACAGGUCGAAACGUUGCAGUGUCCAAUAAACCUGCUUAAAUCUAUUACACUGAGUGCCUGAGAUUUUUUCUUUUAUACUAGGGGCACUGAGACACUGGGAGACAUUGGGACACUGAGACACUGGAAGACUAGGGGACUUUGGGAGACUGAGACACUAUGGACACUGGCACACUACGGACACUGAGAGACACCAUGGACACUGGGAGACAUGGGGACACUGAGAUACUAGGGACACUGGCUGGGAAACAUGGGGACACUGGGAGUGCCUCAUGUCUCCCAGGUCUCAAAGUCGCCCAGUGUCCCCAUAGAAACAUAGAAACAUAGAAUGUGACGGCAGAUAAGAACCAUUCGGCCCAUCUAGUCUGCCCAAUUUUCUAAAUACUUUCAUUAGUCCCUGGCCUUAUCUUAUAUUUAGGAUAGCCUUAUGCCUAUCCCACGCAUGCUUAAACUCCUUUACAGUGUUAACCUCUACCACUUCAGCUGGAAGGCUAUUCCAUGCAUCCACUACCCUCUCAGUAAAGUAAUACUUCCUGAUAUUAUUUUUAAACCUUUGUCCCUCUAAUUUAAGACUAUGUCCUCUUGUUGUGGUAGUUUUUCUUCUUUUAAAUAUAGUCUCCUCCUUUACUGUGUUGAUUCCCUUUAUAUAUUUAAAUGUUUCUAUCAUAUCCCCCCUGUCUCGUCUUUCCUCCAAGCUAUACAUGUUAAGAUCCUUUAACCUUUCCUGGUAAGUUUUAUCCCGCAAUCCAUGAACCAGUUUAGUAGCCCUUCUCUGAACCCUCUCUAAGGUAUCAAUAUCCUUCUGAAGAUACGGUCUCCAGUACUGUGUACAAUACUCCAAGUGAGGUCUCACCAGAGUUCUGUACAAUGGCAUGAGCACUUCCCUCUUUCUACUGCUAAUACCUCUCCCUAUACAACCAAGCAUUCUGCUAGCAUUUCCUGCUGCUCUAUUACAUUGUCUGCCUACCUUUAAGUCAUCAGAAAUAAUCACCCCUAAAUCCCUUUCCUCAUAUGUUGAGGUUAGGACUCUAUCAAAUAUUCUGUACUCUGCCCUUGGGUUUUUACGUCCAAGAUGCAUUAUCUUACACUUAUCCACAUUAAAUGUCAGUUGCCACAAUUCUGACCAUUUUUCUAGUUUACCUAAAUCAUUUGCCAUUUGGCUUAUCCCUCCUGGAACAUCAACCCUGUUGCAUAUCUUAGUAUCAUCAGCAAAAAGACAUACCUUGCCAUCAAGACCUUCUGCAAUAUCACUAAUAAAAAUAUUAAAGAGAAUGGGUCCAAGUACAGAUCCCUGAGGUACCCCACUGGUGACAGGUCCAAGCUUCGAAUAUAUUCCAUUAACUACAACCCUCUGUUGCCUGUCACUCAGCCACUGCCUUACCCAUUCAACAAUAUUGGAAUCCAAACUUAAAGAUUGCAGUUUAUUGAUAAGCCUUCUAUGUGCAACAGUGUAAAAAGCAUUACUGAAAUCUAGGUAAGUAAUGUCUACUGCACCACCCUGAUCUAUAAUUUUAGUUACCCAAUCAAAAAAAUCAAUAAGAUUAGUGAUCUCCCUGAAGUAAACCCAUGUUGUCUCUGAUCUUGAAAUACAUGUGUUUUUAGAUGUUCAACAAUCCUAUCCUUUAACAUGGUUUCCAUCACUUUCCCCACUACUGAAGUAAGGCUUACUGGCCUAUACGUGCCCGACUCCACCCUAUUACCUUUCUUGUAAAUGGGCACAACAUUCGCUAACUUCCAAUCUUCUGGGACUACUCCUGUUAACAAUGAUUGGUUAAAUAAAUCUGUUAAUGGUUUUGCUAGUACACCACUAAGCUCUUUUAAUAGCUGUGGGUAUAUUCCAUCAGGUCCCAUUGACUUAUUUGUCUUUACUUUUUGGACAGUUGAAAUAGAACCUCUUCCUCUGUAAACUCACGUGUAAUAAAUUACUCAUUUAUCCUUUUUCUCAACUGAGGUCCCUUUGCUUUAUUUUCAUCUGUAAAUACAGAACAAAAAUAUUCAUUGAGGCAGUCAGCUAGACCUUUAUCCUCUUCUAUAUACCUUCCUUCUUUUGUUUUUAAUCUAACUAAUCCUUGUUUUACUUUUCUUUUCUCAUUUAUGUAUCUAAAAAAUGUUGUUGUCCCCCUUUUUUACUGACUGUGCUAUUUUCUCUUCUGUGUGUGAUUUGGAAGCUCUUAUAACUUGCUUAGCCUCUUUCUGCCUAAUCUUAUAGAUCAUUUUGUCUUCCUCACUCUGGGUUUUUUUAUAAUUCCUAAAUGCUAACUUUUUGUUUUUAACUAUUUUGGCCACAUCUGCGGAGUACCACAGUGGUUUCUUUAAUUUUUUGCUUUUACUGACAAGCCUAAUGCAAUUUUCUGUUGCCUUCAAUAGUGCAACUUUUAAAUAAUCCCAUUUCUCUUGGACUCCAUUUAAAUUGCUCCAGUCUGAUAAUGACUCCUCUACACAUAUUCUAAUUUUUGAAAAGUCUGUUUUUCUAAAGUCUAAAACUUUUGUUUUUGUGUGAUGUGACUCAGUCACUGUUCUUAUUUUAAACCACACUGACUGAUGAUCACUGGAUCCUAAACUUUCACCUACAGUAAUAUCUGAUACCAAAUCUCCAUAUGUUAAUACUAAAUCUAGUAUGGCCUCUUUACGAGUUGGCUCUUCAACAACUUGUUUUAGAGACAAUCCCAGUAGUGAGUUUAGAAUAUGUGUGCUCCUGGCACAAGUAGCUAAUUUUGUUUUCCAAUUUACAUCAGGAAGAUUAAAGUCACCCAUGAUGAUAACUUCCCCUUCAUUGUCAUUUUAGCUAUUUCCUCAACUAGUAGAUUAUCUAACUCUUCAAUUUGUCCUGGGGGCCUAUAAAUCACACCUACACGAGUUACUGUGUGAUUACCAAAUUCUAACGUAACCCAAACGGACUCUAUGUUUGUCUCACUAACUUUUAUUAGGCUAGAUUUUAUGCUAUCCUUCACAUACAGGGCAACCCCUCCCCCUUUCUUGCCUUCCCUAUCUUUUCUAUAUAAAGAGUACCCUGGUAUUGCUAUGUCCCAGUCAUUUUUCUCAUUAUACCAUGUCUCAGUAACAGCGACUAAAUCUACACUAUAGUAUACAACUUAGAGGAACACUACAGUGUUAGGAAUACAGUUUUGUAUUCCUAACACUGUAGUGUUCCUCUAAGUUGUAUACUAUUUUUAAAAUUAUGUCUGUGAUAGCUUAUUUUACAUAUUUUGUAAAUUAGUUUUUAAAAAACCCAUUUGGUUACUAUAUUCAAAACACACUACAUCUUUUCUUAAAAAGACAACCUUUGGAGUGACCAGACAUUGGAAGCGGAUACCGAUCUUCCUCCAGGAUGGAGAACUAUCCGUGACACAUCUGGGACCUACUACUGGCAUGUACCAACGGGAACCACUCAAUGGCAACAUCCGUCACAUAACUCCACUUCAACUCACAGCUUGAGCACUAUUCACGAAAAGGUAAAAAUGUACGGCUACAUGCAUAUAACAUCUGUUUUUGACCUUGUAUUUAAUACAAUGGCCUUAAUUAAGUGCAGGUGUAUAAAUUGUGGCCAGGACAACAUAUGGUAGCAGAUUAUGAUUGAUUCUGAAUUAAUUAUACUAUGAUCUAGAAAUUCAUAUGUUCUUCUAAAUGCAUGUAAAAGAAAAAAAAACACAUUGCACGAGGGGAAAAAGACAAUCAUAUAAUAUAAUAAUAAUAUUAUUAAUAUUAUAACAGAAAAUGUGUAGAGAAUAGCCCUUUCCUAGAAUAUUAUAAUCUGAUUUCACCAUUAAUGCCUACAGUUUUAUAAAAUCUGUAAUGUAAAAUAAUAAAAUAGAAUGAAAUAUAAAAGUAAUUAAAUAAAUACAGCAAUAACUCACAAUAAUAAAUACAAUCAUUCUUACCCUGCCUGGUGUAUUCUUUGAAUGUAUCAAAGUGGGAGUCAUGCGCAGGGCUUUCCUUGCCCAAAAAACAAAUGUAUAUAAUACCACCUUACAACUCGAUUGGAUGAUUUGGGAAGUUAUUAGGCGCCAAUAUCAUAUUUAGUCCCCCCCCCCCCCAAACCGUUUAUUAUUUUUUUUUAUUUAGAAUUGACCAAAUCACAUUUGCAGGUCUCCUAACGUUUCGAAUUUUGGUGGGACAGUCCUUAUUUCAGGGUCCUUUCAUGCCAUCUCAAAUUAUUUUCUCGUGUCCCAUUUUCUGGGGGAAGGCACCAGGGAACUGUUCCCAGAAAGUUUAGCUUGAUUGCACCAUUAGACAUUGCUUUUUGUAUGGUUUGCACUUUGUGGGUCCCCAUGCUUGGUUGCCAGUCUGCAUGGUGUGCAAUUAGCAUCACUAGCCCACGCCAUUUUACCAUGCUCACCGGUGUUCUGUUCUAUGGAACGCUGGUGUUUGAGGGGUAUGUAUUUUAAUGAGUACUCAUAUUCUCAUUUAAUGAUUACAAGAACUUAAACAUUAGAUGUAUAAUAAACCACUUUUAACAAUACAAAAUUGUUCCAAGUGGGUUUUUGAGCUCUUCAGAAUCGGAUACAACUUCCCAAAGCUACAACACAUCCUAUCUCAUUUUUAUUUUUUAGAUGAAGUAAGCGUUUAAGAGUCAGUCUUUCAGUGUCAGGAUACACUAAUGUGCCCAACACGCAGAACUAAGUAAUAAAUAAAGAAAACCCUAAGAUGUAUUACUGGGCCUUUGAAAGGCCGGAUUUAACAUAUAAAAGGAAAAAUACAAGACGGGCUGAGGUCAAGAAUACAGAUAUAGCGUAAAUGGUAUGUAAGCCAAAAGUCAAGGGAUACAGAGAUCAGAAUAGAAAUAGAAACGCACUCUCCGAUAACCAGAAUGGAAACCACGACAGGUCACAGAGAAAUGGACAAAAAAGGUUUAAAUAGCUUAAGGUUUAAUAGCUUGAUUGGCUGCAGGGAAGCAUGUGACAGUGAACGUGUGUGUGUGACGUCACACACACGUUCCAAAUGGUUAGGCACUAGAAGGGUUAAUUAUGAACCUUAAAAGGUUCUAACUUGCAGCAGCCUGCGUCUCUAAUGUUUACAGACCCGGCCGGGAGGAGUAUCUGUCAGUGAGGCCGGGGGGGCAUCGCAGAAGGAGGUGCGUAAUCGGCGGCAUUCUCAUUGCUACGUGGGAAUGCUGCCGCAACAGGAUGCGCCCGCUGGGUCUCAGUUCACUCUCAGGCAGGACCUGGCUGGCUCCAUGACAUAAGGUGAGUAUUCAGCGGCAUUCCCCUUGCGAUGUGGGAAUGCUGCCACAACGAUACAUGCCAUACCGCUCUCUGGCAGGAGUGGACCCGGCGGGCGGUGUGACAUUCAGGUUCACCUGCAGCAAAAUUAUAGAAUAUAAAAAAGUCAUGCCUAUAUCCUACUUAACAAUAAAAACAUGAAAUCCGGAUGAUUAGUGCUUAUGUCAGCUUAUUGCGCUAAACACAAGUUUCAAGUCUGUCCCCUGUGCACAUUCUCAGGGCAUUGUAAAACAUAUUAAUGGAACAUACUGGAACACUCAUAUGCAUGUGGCGUGUUAUAUUCUGCUUUUGCACACGCAUGUUUGAUGCAUUAUCAUUGAUUUACAAGAGAAAUGGAGGUCUUUACAUUCAGAUAGGAUCGGUUCUGCUGAUCCAAGACAGUUGGUAUAAUAGAUUGCACUUUUUCCCAAUGUAAUCAAAUCACAGAUCCUCAUAUUUUCAGAUUGUGCAUAACUGCUAGACCGACUGUGAGACUCACUCAUAGCCAAAUAACAUUUUAAAAUGCUGCUAACAUGACAUAGCUUUUGCAUAUUUGUUGAUUAAUUAAAUUAAUUAAAUGCAACAUUGCAUUAUAGUGUAAGAAUCAAAAUAAUUUAAAAAUAAUAAUACUUUUUAAAAUGUAUUUAUUUUUUACCUAAUUUCCUUUUCGGUUUAGAAAGCCACCCAAGCCUCAGCCAGUAAUGUUUCUCCAGCUGGACCAAUUCCUGGAACAACAGCAAUUGCAGACAGAAGGUAGGAAAUUGCUGAUGUUUAAGCAAUGAAUAAAAUAUAAUGAAUUAUAUUUUGCAGGGUGCCAUUCAAUAGGCAUUUCUAUUUUCACUUUUUCUCCUUCAACAUAAGCAAAUGGUAAAAUAAUGCUGAUAUAUGAGCCAUGUAAAAUGGAUUUGUGUUUUUGGAGGGACUUGUUUUUCGGAGAAUCAUAGCUUCCAACAUUUCAUAUGGCUCAAAGAGGGACACUAUAAGCACCAAAGAACUUAAACCUAAUUAAGCAGUUUUUGUGUAUGGAACAUGAGUCUGCAGUCUCAUUACUCAAUUCUCUGCCAUUUAGGAGUUAAAUCACUUUUGUUUCUGUUAAUGCAACAUUAGCAUGGCUCUGAUUGGCAUGGCCAACAUGAAUAAAUAAUAAAAUUUUAUCUCCUAUUAAUUGAACUUUAAUCACACAGAUAGAAGGCUCUAGCAGGCUAACAACAGAGCGGGAGAUAUGACAUUCUAAAUUUAGCAGAAUGUGAAUUAAGAAAGUGUAAACAUCAGAUUUCUUUUUACCAUGCAGGGGUUGUGUCUCACCUCCUAAUAUGCUUCUGCUGGAAGUCUGGAUGUGUAAGCAGAGUCCUAAGGGGGCAUUGCCAGUGAUGCAAGCCGUGCCACUAUUGACACCCACAAUGGGAGGGCCCACCAAGAGAAGGAGUGAUCUUGUUCAAAAUGAACGGGUCAUCACAAAAAGGUCAGGGCCUGCAACUUGACAUCUACCAGGCCAUGCAGGGAGCACUGCUGAAGCGCUGCCUGCAUGAUCCUACUGCCCGCUGCACAGUGCGAGUGCAUCUAAUGAGCGGGACAGCAGGAAUCUCCCCAAAAUCAGAACAGUGCCACAAAAAGCGGGACAGUUGGGAGACAUGAGUGGUGUGACUAGAGCAGCAGAGCAGCAUAAACAAAGUAAUUUUAGCAGUUUGACCGGAUCUUAUAUAAAUUGUUCCUUUGAAAAACACGUUAAGGUUUAUUUUCAAGGGAUGUCUUAUUUCAUGGAGAAACGGUAGCAAGCAUGUGCUAGAAAGCAGGUCCACAUUCGGGGGAAUUCCCCAGAACAUUGACUAGUUCACGAGGGAAUGGAAUUCCGCAAAUCUAUUUUUAGGAAAAAUUCCCGAACAUAGAUUAGCGAACUAGCGACUAGGGCUUAUUUUCGGGGUAGGGCUUUUUUAUUACUAGCAACCAUAGCUUAUUUUCGAGGUAUGUUUUAUUUUUCAGGAAAACAGGGUAAAUAUAACUUGAACUUAAAGGAACACUAUAGUUUUAGGAAUAUGAACAUGUAUUCCUGACACUACAGUAUUAAAAAAAACAAAAAAACAUUUUAGGUGGCCGGCCCCACCUUGCCCCCAUUAAAAAAGUUACAUUUAAUUUGAAUCAAUGCAUCUCUAUUAGGAAUGUUCAGCCCCUCUAUGCAGAGUGUGGAGAUGCUGAAUGUAAGUGCUGCACAAUGUAGAUCACUGACCCAGGAAGCUCCUUUAGUGGCUGUCUGAGUGACGGCCACAAAGUGUGUUCAUAGACAGCAAUGUAAACACUGCUUUUUCUCUGAAAAGACAGUGUUUACUGUUUUCAAAGAAAAGGCAGUGUUUACAUUAAAAAGCCUGCGGGAGUGUCAUCCUCAAAUAUGACACCAAGCUUGAAGUUUUGAGCCUAUUAUAUAACAGGCUCUUAACCAGGUGAGCACAUUUUCAUCACUUUGUGAUUUUUCACCUGAAAAUACUGAUUGCACCCAGAUUUCUCUUCUGUCUUUUUUAUAUUUUAUAUAUUUACUGUGAAGAUAAUCCUCACCAACUUGGUUGAAAGAAAAGGUUAAUGUGGCCACCUAUUUAAGGCACGAAAGCCACACUGUUUAGAGCCUAUACCUAUAAAAGGCUCUAUUACAUGUGAGUUGUAUACACAUAUAAUACCUACCAACUAUUUAUAUAUUAACAAUAUUUCACUAUAUUGUGUUUUAUCUUAUUCUAUUUCAUGCUUAGGAAAUCUAACCCCCUGUAUCUAUAAGGAGUAAGUUUGUCAAUUUUCAAAGCGCUGCACUCGUAGGUGGUGGUGUAAAUCACCUACCUUUAAGUUGCAUUUUUUUUUUGGGGAAGAAAUAAAACAUACCUUGUGUAGUAGGGUUGCUUCCUGGGCCAGUGUCUCCAUGCUCUACAUGCAAGUGCUGAACGUGCCUCAUAGAGAUGCAUUGAUUCAAUGCAUCUCUAUGAGGAGAUGCUCAUUGGCACACACAAUGUUUUGUUGUGCAUGGGCAAUAACUUUCUACUGCUUUGUGAUUAAAUCCCCUUUUUACUGAGAUCAGAGGGGCGCCGGUCACCUAAAUAGCCACUUCAGGACUAUAGUGUUAGGAAUAGAUGUUUGCAUUCGUGAUACUAUAGUGUUCCUUUAAUUUUCUGGGCUGUUCAAAAGUAUGCUUAGAAGAAAAACUGCAGUAAAGUCAUAUUUUUCAGUCAUUCCAAGUAAAUGGCAAAAGCAUGAAUAAGGCGGCAGGUUAAAUAAUUUAAAAUGUGAGCUUUCAAUAGAAAUGAUUGUGCGUGGAGUCCGACCGAAUGGUAAAUGAUGAUUUAGUAAAUAAGAGUGAAAUUUUAGUUUUAAUCCAGUUCUGCCUUCAAAAGGCUGCUUGAAUGCAUUAAAUAAAGAUAAAUUCUGUAAUGUCACUAACACAUGGUGUGUGAUGAUAUAACUCUAAAUGUGAACAUGUGUACGCAUAUAUUUUCAGAUAAACAAGUGAAUGAGUCAGAUCAGAUAUUGCCUGGGGGAUUGUAGAUUGUGAUUGGUUUUGACAUGUUGCUUGAGGUCAUCAUAUGAGUCAUCACACAAGGAGGUUCCAGCAGGUCAUUCCUAGCUCAAUGUAAGAUAGUAAAGGGAGAUGUUCUUUAACCUCUUGAGGGAAAGGUUUAGUCAAAAUCUUUCCUUUUGUGAUAGUCUUCACAGAGUUCGAGUCUUUAACGGUUAAACAAUGAUAAGUCACAGGAGUGCAGGUCUAGCAUUUCAAAGUAGGUCAAGACAUCUGUUCCCAAUAUAUAAAUAAAUCACUCUAACAACAUAGGGUAUUGUGGACUACAAAGAAUGUCAGGAAAAUAAAGGCUAAUAUUUAACUUAAUGCUCACGUGUGAUUCUCUGAAGCAAUUUUAAAACUUAAUCAUUAUCCUCAUUUAUUCACUCAGCUCUUAUACUUUUAUUAUUAUUAUUAUUAUAUUUAUAUAGCGCCAUCAAAUUCCGCAGUGCUUUACAAUAGGUGGACGAACAGACAUGUAGGUGUAACCAGACAUGUUGGACACACAGGAACAAGGGGGUUGAUGGCCCUGCUCAAUGAGCUUAUAUGCUAGAGGGAGUGGGGUAAAAUGACACAAAAAGGUAAGGAUAGUAUUAGACUAGUGAGAGUUGCAGAAGAGGAAUCAGUCAGGAGCUAUUAACAGUUUAAUUGAUACUCUUUUAUAAAGAAGUGGGUUUUUAACGAUUUUUUGAAGGGGCGGAGACUGGGUGAGCAUCUAACAGAGGAGGGAAGUGAGUUCCACAGGAACAGUGCAGCCCUCGGGAAAUCUUGAAGGCAAGCAUCAGAGGUGGGAGUAUGGACAGAAGAUAGACGCAAGUCUUCAGCAGAUCGUAAGGGCUUAGACAGGACAUACUUGUGUAUAAGGCAGGAAAGGUGGGAGCAGCAUUAUGUAGAGAUUUGAAAGGGUAGGACCGGCAUGACGGGAAAUUUUCCGUCAUGCGUCCUUAAGGGGUUAAAUACAGUAGAACCAUGACAAAUUCACAAUGGUACAAUCAUAUGUAAAGACACAUUGGUUAUUCGUAGCAUAGAUUGAGGAUUUGGCGAUAGAUUGAACAUGAGGCUUGAAGGAGAGGUCAGAGUCAAAGAGAACACCUAGGCAGCGAGCCUGCGUGGUUGAGCUGAUGGUAGCACCGUUGACUUGGAGGGAGGGAGACACAGGAGUAACAACACUUGAGGGAGGAAAGACCAGAAUUUCAGUUUUGGUCAAGUUUAGUUUAAGGAAGUGGGCAGCCAUCCGGUUAGAAAUAGCAGAGAGGCAGUCAGAGACACUAGUCAAGAGGGACGGGGAGAGAUCAGGAGAGGACAGGUAGAUUUGCAUGUCAUCUGCAUAGAAAUGAUAUUGGAAGGCAGGCAGUAUAGAUGGAGAACAGUAGGGGACUAAGGACUGAACCUUGGGGGACACCAACAGAGAGGAGUUGGGGAGAAGAAGCAGAGCAGAGCCAGAGAAACAAACACUGAAAGAGCACUGGGAGAGGUAGGAGGAGCACCAGGAGAGAGCAAUAUUUUGUAGAUCGAUAUUGCGGAGGAUGAGAAGAAGCUGUUGAUGAUCAACAGUGUCAAAAGCCGCAGACAGGUCAAGGAGAAUUAGGAUAGAGUAGUGACCACGAGAUUUUGCAGCGAGUAGAUCAUUGGAUACUUUGGUCAGUGCCGUUUCCACAGAAUGCUUAGCGCGGAAACCAGACUGAAGCGGGUCUAGCAGAGAGUUGGACUCGAGGAAGUUUGUCAAUCUCGCAUACACAAUUCGUUCAAGGAUCUUGGAUGCAAAAGGCAGUAGCGAGAUAAGACUAUAGUUGGAUGGGGAGUUAGGGUCAAGAUUAGGCUUCUUUAGAAUUGGGGUUACAGUUGCAUGUUUGAAGGGCGAUGGAAAUAUACAAGAGGAGAGAGAUAGAUUAAGAAUUUUAGUGAGAGGUGGAGAAAGAGAAGAACAUGCAGCCAACUGUGUAUGUUAUUAAUCAUGACUGGAUUUGCAAGAAAUGUGUGAAGUGAAUUGUGAAGUUCUUAAAUAAUUUCAUAUAAUUACAUAACUAAAUUAACUAAUUAGUUCAUGAUUUGGCCAUGGCAAUUCUAUUGGUGGUGUGGAAAUUAAUGAAACAAGCAGGUAUGUUCUCUGUUGAUGUCCCUCUCAUUUCUGUUGCUAGGUAGGGAUUCAUGUGAGACCCCAGAAACCCCAUAAAACUAGGAGGGAUCUGCUCAAUGUCUUCUUAUCACUAAUCCAUAUGCAGAGAGUGAGUGUUUCAUAUUCUUGGGUGGGUGAAACUAAGACUGCCCAUCCACCUUUUGAAUUGGUGUUACAUAUUAAAGACCCUCUAAAAUUUUAUUAUUUGCUUAGUGCCCCCAGUUUGAUGGCUCCCUAUAUGCAAAGGUUGCCUACAUGAUAGCAUCCCCAUCUCCUCAAUCAUGUCUGGCAUAAUUAUUAAUGAGGGGGUUCUGUGGAUCCCCGUUAUCACUUGUCUAAGUCCUGGGACACUUAAUCAAUAAUCCAGGAUAGCAGAGUACAGGUCCAAAAUCAGGACUGUACCAAUGGAGGCAGCUCAGAUGCAUGGUAUGAUGAUAAACAUAACAAGGAACCUGCACACCAAAAUAGCCAAGUUUUAUCAGCCCGGUGUCAUACAAACAGAUCUAGUGUAUAACCAUGAUGGCCGGAGUCUUCUAAUUAUCUAUGCUAUUACACAAAUCCAUACUCAUUCUAUAUAGCCACAUUAUAGACGGUCAGGGUGCUUAUAGUUAUUUUGUGAUAGGAAUUUUUGUCCUGUUAAAGGUAUCAAAACAUAAUUUACAUUUGCUAUAAGCAAAUAUGGCAAACUGCUAGAAUUUCUCUAGAAAAUAAUUUUCUAAAUAAAGUUUUCAGUUUUGCAUAGGAUAACUUUCAAUAUAACUGAUACAAAAAAAAUAAAAAAUAAUAAUAAAAAUCUACCAAGGCUCCAGGAGGAGGAUGAGAAUAUGACAGGGUCUCCUGCAAACUGCUAGGCGGGAGUAAAAUGCAUGUUCUAUCUCCCAUAAUUCCCAUACAUACUGAUAGUAUACCUCCCUGCUGACUUAUGCAUGUUUGGUGUAAUCAAGGUCAUUGUUGGCUCCAUCAGCCUCCCUGCUGGUGUUUCGAUUUCCCCUUUGGAGUAAAAUGAAAAAUGCAAUUUGAAAAGCAAACACCUUAUACAAAAUUUCUAUUCCCAAGAUUCAAAAGGUAAAGGAACACUAUAGUCACCUAAAUUACUUUAGCUAAAUAAAGCAGUUUUAGUGUACAUAUCAUUCCCCUGCAAUUUCACUGCUCAAUUCACUGUCAUUUAGGAGUUAAAUCACUUUGUUUCUGUUUAUGCAGUCCUAGCCACACCUCCCCUGGCUAUGAUUGACAGAGCCUGCAUGAAAAAAAAAACUGGUUUCACUUUCAAACAGAUGUAAUUUACCUUAAAUAAUUGUAUCUCAAUCUCUAAAUUGAACUUUAAUCACAUACAGGAGGCUCUUGCAGGGUCUAGCACGCUAUUAACAUAGCAGGGGAUAAGAAAAUCUUAAUUAAACCGAACUUGCAAUAAAGAAAGCCUAAAUAGGGCUCUCUUUACAGGAAGUGUUUAUGGAAGCCUGUGCAAGUCACAUGCAGGGAGGUGUGACUAAGGUUCAUAAACAAAGGGAUUUAAAUUCUAAAUGGUAGAGGAUUGAGCAAAACUGCUUCAUUAAGCUAAAGUUGUUCAGGUGACUAUAGUGUCCCUUUAAUUACAAACAAUACGAAUUUCCAUUACUGAAUGGCCUAACAUGAUUGUUUAUGUAGGCACAUUUGUAGGAUUUAUUUUAAUUCUUCUUUCCAUCUUGGGGUUUAUUCAAUGUAUACAGGUGAUGCUGUUCUUGCACUAUUCUACAAAUGUCGAUAAUAAUGUAUUUCCCAUGUAGUCAGGCUAUAUUAUACAUACAGUAUCUCACAAUAUGUUAGGGUUUUUUUAUUUUUUUUAUUUACUAAAGUGAGAACUCAAAGUGAAUUUCAAAUUUUAAGGAACACUAUAGUAAUAGACAUACAAAAAUGUACUCCUAAGGCUACAGUGUUCUAGUAACUAUUUAGAUUACCAGGCCCUCCUUAAAGGAAAUAAAUAGAUUAACUCACCUUUACUCCUCCCGUGUGCCUGUCUCCCUGGCUUAGAUCACCAAUCCUGACAAUCUCAGCCAAUCCAGUGCUUCUUCGUAGGGAAUCAUUGGGAGUCAAAUGCACAUGCACAGCAAAUCGCCAGUCUGUGCCAAUCAGCAUCUCCUCAUAGGAAUGUAUUGAAUCAAUGCAUCCCUACAGGGAGCGUUCAGUGUUUUCAUGCAGAGUGUCUAGACCAAGGGUAGGCAACCUACGGCACUAGUGCCAUGCACAGCACUCAAGGUGUCUUUGCACGGCACUCAAGGCUGCUAGAGACAAACAGGCUCUGGCCUAUCAGGAGUCCCAGUGAAACUUCAGAUAUCUGCUAAUCCGAAGAGGUGGUGAAUGACAAUCCUCAAUUUAUGCAUUGCAGCACAUAGAGGAAGUGAUCUCGGAUCUGUAGUAGAGCAGCCUGCAGCUGCUAUUGCAGCUCCUGUCCUUGACCUGUACCAGGCCAGCCUGGUCCCCACUGGAACCCAGGGAAGCCACCCACACUGCUAGAUAUACACAGAAAUGCAGAAUAAUCCUCCUCUCCUACAAAUAAUACGAACUGCCCACACACAAACACAACACAUAAUCUGCACAAACGUAGCCCGCUAACAAUCCACAUACAUGCACACAACCCCAUAUGCAGCCUCUCACAUGCAAUACACCAAACAGCCCCCACACACUACCAAACACACAAUGUGACAUAUCCAUCCACACACAAUUCCACAAGCAGCCCUCAUACACAGCCCACAUUCAUACGUAUCAUACACGAUACCACAAACUACUAAUGAACAUAUACAAUAUAAUAGCUUAUACACGCACAAAUACAACAAUACAAAGCAAUCACAGUAAAAAUAACAGAAUACGGCAGUACACACACCUCAAUUUAAAAAAAUAGGACCGGCCCACUACGGGACAUCACAAUCCUAUUUUGGCACAGUGCUGCUAAAAGGUUGCCUAUCCCUGGUCUAGACACUGAACCCAGGAAGCCCCACUAGUGCCUGUCGAGGUGGUGUUAGGCAGCAGUGAAAACAGUACCUUUUUUCAUAAAAAGCAGUGCUUUUACACUGCUGAACUUGCAAAGAUAGGCUCUAUGCCCCAGAACCAGAACCAUUACAUUAAGCUGACUUAGAGACUUUUUCUAGUUUGCCUAUUUGGAUUAAAUUUGAAAUUCACUUUGAAUUCUCACUGUAGUAAAUAACUCUGACAAUCUCCAAAUGGAACACCUACAGCAAUACCACUAAUUCAUUUGAGGCAUUCUAGAUACUUCCCUAGGACAUUGGAUGCUUGUGAAUGCUUUUUUUUUUUUUUUUUGGAGGUGGGUUUGUUGUUGUGGGAAGUUUAUGAAUAUUUCAUACUUAUGUGAACCUGUCAUUCAAAAUUGACCCUGUGGACAAUUUAUGAGUAAAAUUCUGCAAUAGUCACUUCUGAUAAUUUGUUGAAUUUACUUUGUUUUAAAGGCAUUCCAUUCCUUGGCAUGAUGAGGACUUAUUCUACAAUAUUGAUGAGCCAGGCUGUAAGGUAAUAUAACUAAUUAUCUUACUAUAUACUGCAAUUACCUAAAUGUACCAUAUUUGAAGUUAAUUAUACAGCAGGCCUCCCAACACUCCUAAAAUUAGCUGUAUGGUGCCCCUUCCACUUUGUUCCCUGGUAUCCCGCUUAUGGGGUAUCCUGUUUAUACUGCGUUUGUACUGGAACUGUCCUUAAAAGUGUAGCGUGAGUGCAUCAGUAUCUGGGCUGGACUGGAAAUGAAAACCAGCCCUGGAACUAAUUGCAUACCAGCCCAACAGCAUACAAACUAAUACACUGCCUCCAAGGGCCGGCGCAUUCUAUAAGGCAACCAAGGCCUCUGUAGAAAGCCACAGACAGGUGCAAUACUGCUCGGGCCGGUGCGUCCAUUAGGGCUCAUCGGCCCGGCGCACAAGUAUGAGGAAUCAGCAGGAGGGAAGCGCACAGCGCUCCCUCCUGUCAGUCCCUCAGUGUAGCAAGCCAAGCUCCUCUCCGGUCCGUGGUACCUGGUGGACUGACACGGAGUGCUCACUCAGUGUGCACUUCCUGUCAGUCUGGCCAGGUACAGGAAACAGAAGCUCCUGUACCGCGGACCGGAGAGGAGCUCGGUCACGCUACACAGGGUAGGGGGGGUCCACUAAGGGAGGGAGGGGGGUCAGGAGAACUUUGGAGGGUGGGGGAGGAGAAUGGUGGGGGGAGGAGAAUGUAGGGGGAGUCCACUAAGGGGAGGAGGAGAACGUGGGGGGAACAGUCCACUGCUAGGGAGGAGGUGAGGAGAAUGUGUGGGGGGAGAGACCACUAAGGGGUGGUGAGGCAAGACCACAAGGAGGGUGGGAGAGGAGAGACCACUAAGGAGGGAGGUGGGGUGGAGGUGAGACCACUAAGGGGGGUGGGAGAGGAGAGACCACUAAGGGAGGGGGUCUCUCCACAGGGGAGGAGAGAAAAGACCACUAAGGGACAGAGGAGAGAACUAAGGGACAGAAGGGAGAGCUCUAUAAGUCAGGGGGAAGGGGAGAGCUCUAAGGGAUGGGGGGGUUGGAGAGAGCACUAAGGGGUGGGGGGAGCACCAAGGGACGGGACAGGGGGUAGGAGAGAGCACUAGGAGACAGGAGGGGAGAGAUCUAAGAGACAGGAGGGAGAGCUCUAAGGGAAAGAAGAGGAGAGCUCUAAGAGACAGGAAGGUAGAGGAGAGACCACUAGGGGAGGGUGGGGGGAGAGGAGAGACAAAUAAGGGAGGUGGGGGGAGGGAGGAGAGACAACAAAGGGUGGAGAGGAGAGACCACUAAUGGAAAAGGGUUGAAGAGGGGAGAUACCACUAAUGGAAAGGGGUGGAAGGGGGGAGAGACCACUAAUGGAAAAGGGGGGAGAGGAGAGACAACUAAUGGAAAGGGAAGGGAGGAGAGACCACUAAGGAGGGGGAGGAGAGACCACUAGGGGAGGCAGAGGAGAGCAGAGACCACUAAUGGGGAGACGAGAGACCACUAUUGGAAAGGGGGGGAGAAGACGAGAGACCACUAGGGGAGGCAGAGGAGAGCAGAGACCACUAAUGGGGAGACGAGAGACCACUAUUGGAAAGGGGAGGAGAAGAGUAGAGACCAAUAAAGGACAGGGGAGGAGAGAAAAGACCACUAAGGGACAGAGGAGAGAACUAAGGGACAGAAGGGAGAGCUCUAUAAGUCAGGGGGAAGGGGAGACCUCUAAGGGAUGGGGGGUAGGAGAGAGCACUAAGGGGUGGGGGGAGCACCAAGGCACAGGACAGGGGGUAGGAGAGAGCACUAGGAGACAGGAGGGGAGAGAUCUAAGAGACAGGAGGGAGAGCUCUAAGGGAAAGAAGAGGAGAGCUCUAAGAGACAGGAAGGGAGAGCACUAUGGGAAAGGGGGCAGGAAGAUCACUAAGGGACAGGGAGAUCACUAAGGGACAGUGGGGCAGGGGAGAGCACUAAGGGAUAGGAGGGGAGAGAGGCUGGGGACGGGGGGAAAGAGAAGCACAAAGGGGCUGGUAGGACUCAGCCCCUAUCCUACCCAAAAAACUAUCUCUUUCACACUACACAGACACACAAAUACACACAUUGCAUCCCUAUACAUACACAGAGAAACACACAAUGCAUCCAUUACACACACACACACACACACACACACACACAAUGCAACCCUUACACACAAAGACAAUGCAUCCUUUGCACACAUACACAGAAACACACAAUGUAUCCCUUACACACACACGCAAAUACACACUGCUUCUCUUACACACACCCCUUACAGACACACACACUGCAUCCCUUACAUGCACAGAAACACACCUUGCAUCCCUUACGCAUACAAACACAGAUUCACACAAUACAUCCCUUACACAAAAACACACACUGCUUUCUAUCCCUUACACAAAAACACACUGCAUCCACUACACACACAUUGCAUCACCUACACAAACUGGUAUGACCAUACACUACAUUCCAAAAGCACACACUUUAGAUCCUCUACACUAACACGUAGCACAUCCCCUACACACUCCACUCCCUGUGAGCGAACUCAUGGGUGGAACUUGUAGAUGGACUUAUGGGUGGGCCUUAUGGGCAUACUCACCGACAGGCCCUGGAGCCCAGACCUUGAGCUGUGUAAGGGGCACCAAAAAAUGGAGCUGCUUCCCGUUCUCCCAGAACAUUGAAUUUUGUGACCACAUUUACAAACAGCCUCCAGAGAGCCACCAGACACCAGACUAGUGGAGCCAGACUGCAGCCAGAGCCCAACACCAUUCUCAUCUGGUUGUAAGUAGGCAAUCUAGUAUAUUAUUGGUGGCACUAAUCUCUAAUUUACCUAAACAUUAAAGGGACACUAUAGUCCCCAGAAGCACUGCAGCUUAAUGAAGUGGUUCCGGUGUCUAUAGCCUAUCCCUGCAGGCUUUUUAACGUAAACACACACUGUGUGCAGCACUGGCGUUAGUUCAUAUGGCAGAUCAUAUGGGUGGGGCAUUGUGAUGUCACAUGGGGGGGUGGCAAAUCUUUCUUUUGUCUAGGGGAGCAAAAAUCCUUGCACUGGCCCUGUUGCCCCCAUUCCACCAUCCCUCCACUCUAAUACACUGCUCCCCUCCACCCUCCCCCCCCAAUUCAAUACACUGCCACUACUUCCUUCCCCCAAUUUAAAACACUGCCCACUCCGCCAAUCUAAAAUACUGCCUCUGCUUCCUCUCCCUAAUUUAAUACACAGCCCCCUCCCACCAAUACACUGCCCCGACACACUCCAAUUUAAUACACUACUUUCCCCCCAAUUUAUUACACUGCCCUCCCCCUUCCUCCCCAAUUUAAUAUACUGCUCUCUCCCACCACCCAAUUAAACACAUUGCCCUCCUCCAAUGUAAUACACUGCCUUCCCCCUUAUUUCCCCAAUUAAAUACACUGACCUCCCCCUAAAUUAAUACACCACCCUCCCCCUCACUACCCCCAAUUUAAUACAUUGCUCUCCCCCCUCCCCAAUGUAAUACACAACCCCCUUCCCCAACUGAAUACGUUGCGCCACCUCCCCCAAUUUAAUACAUUGCUCUUCCCCCAAUUUAAUACACUGCCCCCAAUUUAAUACAUUGCUCUCCCCCAUUGCCUCAAUUAAAUACACUACCCUCCCCCAAUUCAAUACAAUACCCUCCCCCUCAUUCCCCCAAUAAAAUACAAUAUAAUACCCUCCCCCUCACUCCCCCAUUGCCCCAAUUAACUACACUGCCCUCCCCCCAAUUCAAUACAUUCUCUUCCCCCUACACUCAAUUUAAUACACUGCCCACCCUCUCAAUGUAAUACACUGCCCACCUCCUAAUUAAACAGGAAGGUCCCCCACGCCCCUCUUCCCCUACCUCAAGAUGAGCCCUCCUCCAGUUCCAGUCCAGCCUGCACAAUUCUCUGCUCAAGCAGGCACUGCGAGCAGGAGGUAAGGUGCACUGGCUGGGCCACUGUCAGCCACUGUGCGCACUGAAGCUCCGCCGCUGCACUCCUGCUGGAUAUGACUGCAUACGCUGCAUGCUCAUAUCCGGUGGCCAGCAAGGACCAAUACUUUAAGAUCCUGGGGAUGCUGGCAGUCGCAGGAACACGCGAUCGGUCACACAGAUAGGUAAGGCUGACUUUCCUAUCUUGCGGCUGAUUGCAGCCGCAGCACAAAGUGGCCCCGGGGAAGGCGGCCUACCGGGAAAUCUCCCCAUAUCCCAGUAGGCCAGUCCAGCCCUGAUCAGUAUACAUGCUUGUGCUACACUCAAGGCACUAGCCCCUGCAGAGAGCACUGAAACAUGGGCUAGAUUGCUUAAUUAGUGUGCAACCUGGCAAUGCAUUUACUCCAAGCUCACCUGCCAAUUCUUCAAACUGACCCAUCUCCAUUCUGGUUGGGUGCAUCCCCUUUGAGUGGUCACAGGGAUGCAGUUCACAUCACUGGUCUAUCCCUUUUAUCUCCCUCCAUCAUAAUUAUGGAUGCAGAUUUGAAUUCAGUGGAUACUGGUAGAAUACUGGGUUAAUGCCGUGUGUACAUGGUUAAUACAGCAUGGUGGGGGUAGUUGAACUGGUGCGAGUUAGAUAUAGAGGGGGUAGGGGUUGAGAGGAGACAUGACAUUUACUCUUGAAUGGAGCCCCCUCGUUUGUUUGCCCUAGCAAUAACCUUAAUAGCGUUACAUGGCAUCCAUUGGACUUAGUCCUAGAUUUCUGAAUAGACAAAGUAGCUGUCUGCCUACUUUUAUUUUUUAAAUAAAAAUUUGGUGACGGAUUAAUUCUACAUGCUGGAGUGUGGCGCGUAAACUUUAACAUAGAGUGCUGGUGGGAGAAACAGGGAGUGGAUGAGAUCAUUCAGUAGCUGGUGUCUCAUUACCAAAUUAAUAUUAGUGCACAAGUCUUUCUAAACUACUCAUCUUGUCUCAUAAGCGGUGUGUUUUCAGCUACUAAAUGAACUAAAGCACACUGUUAGAUGUCAUUAAGAUUGUCAACUAUGACCCAUCACUGGUUAAACAUUUCAUACACAUUGGAACAUUGAAGUAGAAAUAUCAUUUAAACCUGUCAGGAGUGAUUACAUUUUUUAAAUAUAUAAUAUAUUUGGGUUCUAGUUCUGCUAUCUCCAAACUAAUGAAAUCAUUUGUCCUGAUUAUGGUUUCUGGGGUGAAUAAAAGCUAACUUUUUAAUUAUAUGCACUUUUUCACAGCUGCCACACCGUUAAUACAGUCACAACCUCGUUAAUCCUAUGGCUUGGAUCUAUGCAUCCAUUUUGUUUGCAGCUAACCUCAGGAUUUUGGAGAAACAAUCUUAUAAUUAAUAAAGAGCAGUCAUUAAUGUUAUUGAUCAAACGUAGCUGCUGGAUUAUAAUUUACCCCAUGGUUUAAAAGCUUUCUGGGAGCGUCCAAUACUUUCCAUAUUGAUAAAAUGUUAUUGUAAUAAUAGAAAGUGGCAAAGAGCACACAACAAUAUGGAAAGAAGAAGACAAACUCUCUUGUACUUCCCACACUCUUGAAGUGCUAAACCAAAGUAGCUGAAAUGUAUAAAUUCCCCAACUCAUCUCUCUGCGCAAAUAAUUCAAAAUGUGAUUUCUAAUUCAUUGUUUAGUGGAGUUUUUGCAUUGUUUGUUUUAAUUGAUUUAUUUUAUUGCAAAGAAUUAACAGUACAUUCUGUGUUUUAUUAGAGUUUUGCUGUUCAUUGCCUUGGGUGGGUUGAAAUUCCAGAAGAAGACCUUGCUCCAGGGAAAAGCAGUAUUACGGUUAAUAACUGCAUCCAGCAACUUGCUCAUACUACAUGUGAUGGGCCAGAUAUAAUAGGCUCAGGAAAUGAAGUGAGUAAACUCUGCAUAAGGACAUUGAUCAUGCUAUAUCAGAUUAUUCAAAAAGAUUAAUUGAUUUUAGUGAGAUCAUUAGUUGGGAAUUAAUAUCCCAGCUCUCCUAAAUGCUAUGGUAAAAAUACCAUAAACAAUGAGCAGUAUCAUAAAGAAUAGUAUUAAUAGUUCAAAGCAAAUUUUGUUUAUUCCGAACAGACAGAAUAGACAUAUUUAGCACAGUAGACAGAAAUUAGGUCUUUAACGAUACUAUGUGUAAAUGUCACUGUUUAGACAUUAUAGAAUAUGAGAGACCUACAAAUGAAUUACAAGUCAAACCUUUAAUCAGUCAUGGGUGUUGAUAUAUUUGCCUCCCUCAUUGCAAAGAUGUACACUAGAGUACAGAAGGCAUUAUGUUGACAUGAUGUGUGUUGAGUAGGUUCACGUGACAAGCUAGUAUGGUAGCGUAAAUAUUACCUGCUAUACUUUUUGGUAAAAUCAGUUAAUCUAUUUUACUUGGUGCAAUGAAUGAUGAUUUAUUUCAUAUUGAAGAAGCCUCAAAAGUAAGUGGUUAAUGGAUGUGGUAUCUAAGAUUUGAUCUACUCGUAGAAAUGCGAAAAGUAAUAUGUUUUUUGUAAUUUUGUGAUGUCUUCAACAAUGAAUAUGAAUUAAGUCCAGUUAUCUGGUUAUCUGAAUAUUUAUAUUGAAUUUAAGUCAUGUUAAAAUGAUUUUCAAAUUUACAAAUAACUUUAACUUCUUUAAUAUAAGGAAGAUAUAUAUUUUUAGUAUGAAGUCCAAAUGAUGUAAUCAUGGCAUCUAUAUCCUAAGAUGCACGCAGUUUUAGUACACUUUUAGCCAAUUAGCAGAGACUGGAGGUGUUUGGUCUAUUAGCAGAACAUUUUCUCUCCUAUUGCCGUGAGAAAUGCUGGUUGUCACAGGUAAAUGGCAUAAGGAGCUUGUAUCAGUUAUCAAUAAAAAUGGCCUCUCUCAGCUUGUAGCGUAAUAUGCAUUAGGUAGCAUCAGCAUGCACGUUCCACGCAUGGUACAUGCCAUUUUUUUCACCAUUCAAAGAGCACUGUAAAAAUCAAUUCUGAACAAUGCACAGUUCAUCCUAAAUCCUUAAUAUUGUUUAUUAGGGACAGAACAUGGUGAUGAUUUUAAAGAAAGAUACUAUGAGCUUAGUGGACCCACUUGAUCACAGUUUGAUACACUCUCAACCCAUCAUCAACAUUCGCGUGUGGGGUGUUGGCUGCAAUAAUGGCAGGUAAGAUGAGAUAACAUGUUAUCCAAUUAGAUAACAUUAAAUGACACUCUGAGCACGAGUUAUUCCCAUUUUAAAUAAUGCAUUGUGUGGAAAAGGCAUCAUAAAUGUAAAAUAUUUUUUUUUUUAGAAAUAAAGGUAUUUAUUGGAACACUAUAGCGUCAGGAAUACAAACGUGUUGCCCCCUGGUCCCCCCUUUCCAACCUAAAUAUACUAAAAUCUUGCCUUAUUUCCGGUGCCAUGCAGGUCUGUUGGUGCUGGCUCUACUCCCAAUCCACCUUCAUGGCUGACAUCAUCAGAAGUGAUGAUCUUAGCCAAUCACAAUGUUUCCCCAUAGGUUCAGAGGGGGAGGGCAGAGUCAGAUACCACCCAGGACAAUCAGCAUCUCCUCAUAGAGAUGCAUUGAAUAAAUCUGAAAAGACAGUUUUACAACAAAAAGAAUGCAGUGACAUGGCAUACUCAGCAGAACAACUACAUUAAGCUGUCGUUGUUCUGGUGACAUAUUGUCCCUUUAACCUUAGGAUCGUCCGCACUGAGUCCUCCUCACAAUAGGAACUAAAUGAAACCUCUUUCAUUCUGAUUCUAGUCUUCCCAUGGUCUUCCAUGGAAGUGUGAGCAUAUCCCAUAAACCUGCCAAGAGAAUUCAAAUGUAGUUCAGCACAACAUUUUCAUUUGUAAGCCUUGAAAUAGUUCCCUCUAAGUUGUUUUUUUUCACAAAAAGAGAUAACAAGUCUGUCACUAUACCUAGUAAUGAGGGUUAGAACAUUGAUUGGGAUUCCUCAUCUAUCAUUUCAUCACCUCCAUCUUAUAACUGAUGCUAUAGUGAUAAGUGAUGACAUAUUCAAUGAUUAAACAAUACAUAAAAAUCAGUAUGUCAUAGCCUAUAUAGGGUAGACACAACCAGUAGAGUUGUGGAGGAUGGGUAGAUGAAAGAUCUUCCUGGCAGGCCCAGUGCCCAGAGAGCAUGUGUCUAGUACAUCUAAUGGGUGCACACCAUGUGUAUUGCUCCCGUGUCCUCUGGCACCUCUGAAUGUAUCAGAGCAUUGUCUCCUUGUUACCACAGUGAUGUUAAGAUGUCAGUAAAUAAUAUUUUAUCUGUAGUACACACACUCACUGACACCAAAAACAGCCCCCUUCAAACAUACACAUCCUAAUCAAUCGGCUCCCCAAACAUGGAAAUAUGGCCUCCCUCCAACUAUAUAUAUAUAUAAUGUGCUAGUCAUGCAUUUGCCUCCGGUCUAUUAUUUGUAUUAGGUACAUUAGGAGCACUCUGCUUGGAAUAUAUCCAGUUCCAACAAAAGACCAGAUUUGUUCUGAGUUGAGUAUAAGUCAGUGCUUUGUAAAAAGCCAUUUUGCUAUAACUGUAGAGGUCGAAGAAGUCAGCAUUUUGUUUUAUAGCCGUAUCUAGCUAUAACUAACCUGGACUGUGAGUCUGUUGCAAUGGACAACUUUAUAAAUGGCUUGCUUUUAGUGAAUUGCUGACUUGGAGAUUUCGCUGCCAGAUGGCUGUUUUGCACACAAUCAACUUGACCAUGGAUAAACCUGUUUGUAUUAUUUAUUGUAUUAUUUUGACUUCUAAUGGUAUAUCAUAUUCUGCUGUGCGGACUAUACAGCAUUUUUAUCUAUCAAUGCACUUAUACAGCAUGUUUGCUAAAAUGAAAUUGCUAGAAUUUAAUGUAGGUUUUUCUUCAUGUGUUUAAAGCUAUCGAGGAAUGCAUAGAAUGACAGUUAUGUUUAAUCACAAUUACUUGACUUUCCAGAGCACUCUGCAACAUGUUUCGUGUGGAAUAACAUUUUUCCCAUGGGAGAAACAUGGUUAGUGCAUAUGUUUUAUAGUGUUUACAGAGGUGGACUAAAUAGCAAAAACCUGUAUAAAAAGGAUCUGACCUUUUCAAGUAACUAAAACACAAUUCUAAAUAUUUGGAGCUACAAAAGUUAUUAAUGUUAAGUUAUUUGCCAUUUAGCAGUAUGUCAGAUAUGAGAGAUGUCUGACAAUGCUACUAAAAAGGACACAUUUUCACCAUAAAGGAAAGUAGUUUCAGACAGAGUUAAUAGAAUUAUGGGUGGAAUUCUGUGCAAUUUUGUGGAAGUGCAACAGUCACAAAAAUGGCGAAAUAAUUUCAUAUUUCACUGUAACUCACUGUACUUUCACUGAAACAGAAUAAAUACAAUAUAUUAAAAGAGUUGGUUACCCCAGUCUGCUAAUAGACUCCCUUGUCAUACUAUAGCAUUUUGCCUCUAGAAACUAUUAUGUUUUAAUGUAUGCUCCAUAUGUUAGCUGGGUUUUUGUUUUGAAAGGCGGUCCCCCCAGAUUUUCUUUGGUUCCCACGCUGAUGCUCAUAGGAUUAUUGGUAAACAACAUGAGUUUACCUGAAUGUGGAUUAACCAAAGGUCAAGUUCUCUGAGUUUUUGCCUAUUUUUUGGAGUUCUCAUAUUGUCUGUUUUUGGUUAAUGGAUUUGCUUAGGCUCUUCUUAAGUUAAAAGGGCAGUCCAGACAUGACCACCGUGCACACUGUGCCUAUAGGGGUAUCAGCUACACCUUACUGAAGAUGCCCAAUGAAGGCAAAACGAUUGUCCAGGGUCUCUGUAUGUUUCCUGUAGAGGCAAUUUGCUGGCAUUUCAGUUCCGGACUGCCCUUAUGGAUCAGUCUGAUGUGUGUCAUGAUAUAUGUCUUUUCUGAGUCUGGUGCACACCCACUUAUCCCUAGCUUACUGGUGCCUCAGUAUGACAUCAUAUGUGACAUGGAACCCUUCCAUUGGUCUACUGUUAUAGUGUCAGUCUUUGUAACUUCAGUGAUAUGAAGUGGUCAUGGUGCCUGGAGUCUGUAUGUGCAGAUUUUUGCUUUGAAGCACUGCACCUAUGAAGUUUAACGCCUCUACUGCUGGAGGUGUAACUCCGCCUCUAGCAGCGUCAUUGGGGUGUCAGAGUUCUUGGCUGGCUGAUGUCAGUUCUGUGAAUAUUUCUACACACAGAAUUGCAAUUAUGAGUGGUUAGCUGGUGCUCCUAACCAAUGAAAAGAGACAGCCUCAGCAUCUGGCUUCUGCAGCUGAACAGAAGCUGGAUGUGCUUUAUUCGAGCAGGAAGGAUCCACACCUCCUCGUGGGGACUCUUAAAAAAAAAAGGUCAAACUGUAGAGAAAAAAAAAAAGUAACAAGGGUCUAAGGAAGGGCCGAUUGGAAGCUGUCAAAACUGCUUCACACAUGCAACACUAAUCCCAUACUGAAGACAAUAUGGCAAAAAGAGAUACCCACACUGUAUAUAGUUCUAAACGCAGAAUGUACUAAAACAAAUAACAACCUACAAAACUGUGAAUUAAAUGAGAUAGCAUAAGGUUUCCAGGUUAAAACUACGAAAAUUGUUCCUUAUAAACACCACAUACCCGGUUUACUUCAGAAAGAGGGUACUGCGCUGCCCUUCUAAGCUAGUUGUUGUUACAAUAUCUAAUGAUGACCCCUAUCCCCUAUUCUUUUUUUCUGUACCCCCAAUAUAUUGAGAAACCUAAUAAAACAUUUUAAAUGGAAAAAGGUUAAACUGUUGCAAAAUGGGGCCAGAGUACUCCUCAAAUCAUAACCACUACAGUGAAUUGUAGUGGUUAUUAUGCUUGGAGUAGCCUUUCAAACUAAGCUCACAUUGCAUUAGCAUUUUAUGUUUUUUGUUUUGUUUUUUAAAUAACUAAUGACAGAAUUUUUUUUCUUAUUUUCUUUUUGAGUCAAGCUUUUCAACAAAUGCCCACAUAGUAAUGUAGAAUAUCUAGCGUUUAAAUAUAUGACACAAUAAUAUUAUCAAUGUACAUUUUCUAAAACCAGUCUUUCGUAAACUAAAGUUAUUUUCCUUUUAUUUCCUUUUUUGUGCUUUCCAUCCAUGAUGUUUAAAGGGACAGGUAAAUAAUAUUUUCCAGAACAAUCUAUAGCUAUAUAAAUAGAAUGUAUUUGUGUGGGUUUUUUUUUUUGUAUUUUCUCAUGUACCAAUAAAUGCUGUUAGAUCAAAUAAAUUAAUUAAAAAUAUACAUAUACAGAGAUACAGUUCUUUGCAAACAUUCUGUAAUUUGUUAGCUGUGCGUCAGGACUGUAGUGUGUUUAAAAAAUAAAUAUGGAAAGAUUGGGCAUAUUGUUUAACUGGGAUCUCAUACUAUUAAAAGGAAAAUAAAGUAUAUAUGCAUAAGGCAAUGGGCCUAUAAUUUGUCAAGCAAAAUGUUCCACAGUUCUUGUGUACACAACUAAUAACAAAACUUCAAGCAUAAAACAACUGUCCUUUUCCAUCAAUAACAGAUUACGAUAACCUGCUUUUUCUGUGUUGUAGAGAUUUUGCUUUCGUAGCGAAUGACAAAGAUACCUGCAUGCUGAAGUGCCAUGUUUUUCGUUGCGAUGUCCCAGCAAAAGCUAUUGCUAGUGCUUUACAUGACAUGUGCUCCAAGGUAUGAAUAUGAUGAAUUAUUUCUUUCUCAGAUCAAUAUGACUUCUAAAUCCUGAAAUUGCUUACUCAGUUAUCGUUUUAUAUACACCAUUCAACACUCAAACCUCAUUAAAUCACUUUAUAUGAAGCUAAAGGUUUGGCAUUGUGUAGUGACUUUAUCAGGUUUUCUACAACAUCAAGGUAAUACAAAAAGUUAUAUAAAGCAAGGCAUUAGAAUUAUAAUAUUAAAUACUAGAGCACACUGGCCUGUUUUAGCUCUUACAGCAAUGCUAUUUACACACAAACACACACACACUGCACCACCUCACACACACACACUGCACCACCUCACACACACACUGCACCACAAAUACACACACACUGCACCCCCCACCGCAUAUCUUCAUUCAGUAAGGAUGGUUUUUGCUGAACCCUGGUCUUGAAAGGUUUACUACAGACUACUAGCCAAUCAGAUAAAAGCCUCUAGGCAUUGAAAUGAAUGUUAAAAACUUGCAUAUACAAGUGGACAUAUACUACAUAUAGUAUGAUGGUACAAUAUUUGAAACAAAAUAAUGGCUUGAGUUCUCAAAUUCUUCAAAUUAAAACAGUCCAGAAUAAUCUCAAAUUGAUUCCUUCGGCACGCAUCUGGACUGACAAAGUUUUGCCAUCGUUAUAUGAAAGUCUUGGCUAUAUUUCAAGUCAUACUAAUGCUUUUCUGCUUUCAGAUUAUGGCAGAAAAAGCAGUGGCCAAUAAUACCAUCACUCGAUCUGUUACCUUGGAGACAAUCUCACCAGAGGAUCUACCAAUCCAAGGUAUAGAUAGUUUAUUAACAUAAUUUCUUUAUUUAAAAUAGCUUCUCAAGCACUCCUGAUACAUACAAGAAGAAACAUCUCUAGAUGUUACAAAUAAAAAACAUGUAUUUCUAACAUUACCAUAUUCUCCUGCAUGUUUAGAUGUUGAGAUUCCCCCUGUAAGCCUGAAAUAAAGAAGUUCUUCACCUUCAAUACCAUAGACCAACUCCUCCCCUGGUUGAGAUCAUCAUUACCUCCAAUGCUUCUACAGAGAAGCAUUGGAGGUCCUAUUGUGCAUAUGCGUCAAUCACCACACUGUGCCAGUCAGCAUCUCAUCAUAGAGAUACAUUAUACCGAUGUAUAUCUAUGGAGAGCGUUCGGUGUCUUCUUGCAGACACCGAAUGUAAAUCCUGCAAUGAUUGCAUUGCCAUAAUAAGAAGGAAUAGAAUGUGACAGCUGCUAGAAGUGUCCUUAGUGAACAGCAUAGGCAAUGUCUGACUGCAUGGACAGUCUCUCUACACCAAAACCACUACAUUAAGUUGUAGUGGUUUAGGUGCUUAUGGUGUCCUUUUAAGAAUAUUGGGGAAAAAAUUCAAAACGUUUUGUACUCCUUAUAAAAAGAAACACUUAUGUAACAAUCUACAAAGUAGAUAUUUGUUUACAAUAAUCUCUAUUGCUCCAUCAAUGAUUUAUAAAGGGCAGGUUAUGGAACAACCUGAAACAUGUAUCACAACUUGCAAUUUAGCCACUAUUGGCUGCAUCUUUGAAGUAAUAUUUGCUUAAUUUGCUCACUGAUGAGCCUAAGUUUGUCAGUGAGCUUAUUAAUAAUAUGUUUACACGUUUACCAAGUUUAUUAUAUUGCUAAUUGGUAAGCUACGUUUUUCUGACCAGUAUCCAAGAGUGCAAAUGUAUAUCUUUAGUGCUCCAGUUCUCAGGGGACAUCAGUGGAAAUCACUGACAAACAAUAAAAACACAAUUCUGAUUUAUUCAGGGGGUUCCUGUGCAUGUCAGAGCUCUCUGACACAUUAUCCAGCAGAUGAACAUACUGUAUAUUAAAUUCAGGCUAAUGCAUGUCAGCACCAGUUUGUAUGCAUCACCGACCCCCAAAAAUUAAAUUAGAAGAAAAUAAAUUAUAACAAUAACAUGCAAUGCAUGAGAGAGCUGUCUUACGAAUCGAUAUUCAUGUAUUUUAACCAAUUACCAUAGUGUUAUUAGAGCUUUCUAUUAAAGUAACACUAUACAUUUUGUAUACCUAUAGAGCCCCUAUCCCUAAUCUAAUAGUUCAGUCCCUCCCAGCUUCAGUGCAAAAGGGUUAAAACCCUUUUUUCACUUACCUUUUGCUAGCUAGGUCUUCUCCUCUUGUGAUGUCACAGGGAUUGUAUGACCUAAUGUGCAUGCAUUGCACUUGACGCACAUGUUUUAAAGCUUUUCCAUAGAAAAGCAUUUAAUCAAUGCUUUUCUAUGGGAAAUUGGGAAUUUCAAACUCUAGACAUCAGAAUGAGGACGUCCAAUGUUGUUUCAUGGAGUAAAACCCUGUUAGAGAGCUAAAAGCGUCUCCAGUGGCUGUCUGGCAGACAGAGGUUUCUCCGAAACUAAAAUGUUUUAUAUUGCAGAAUUAUACAGUGCAGUGGCGCUGCACCCAGACACUUCAAUAAGAUGAAGUUGUCUGGAUGCCUAUAGUGUCUCUGUAACUUGUUAAACUUGGAAGAAUAAAUAGCAUAGUCUACACCAUCAUGAUGUAAACCUCAAAAACUUAACAGGCUCAACUUACCACUGAGUUGUUUUGUCACUAAUACUGUCUACCCACUUAAAUCUUACAGGUUUAUUCACUAACCCAAUCUGCAAAAUCAGGACAUUGUUCCCGCUAUUUAACAAUGUCUGGAUUUUGUAAUUCUGUCACUGAACGGGCUGAAUUAGGUCCAAAUUUUAGCUAACACUGCCGGAUGGCUGAAAUCCAGGUCCGGAUGCUUUAAAUCCAGGCCUGGUUUAAAAAAAAUCUGAAUUAUUUGACCACUGGCAGUUCUAUUUGACUAUGUGGGUCAUUAUUUACGUCAGUGCAGACAUAGAAUUUGUUUAUAUGUUUUUAGUCUGUCUGUGUUGAUCAUUUGAUGUUAUUUUGUCACCUAAGAACUCGUUCGUGUAUGCUUUUUUUCUAGUUGGAAUUCUUGACACUGUUCGGCAAUCCAUCCAGAAAUAUGAUAUCCUAUACCUUGGCAGCCUGCCUGUGUCAAAGCCAAUGGGUGAGUUGUAGUACUGAAUACAUACAUUUUGAUUUUUUUCUAUAAAUUCUACAGUUAGGAAGUAAUGGCUAGCAGCUAGAUGACGUAUUAAACCUAGAAAAUUCUGAACACGUAUUAAGCAUCAGAUUACUACAAUUCAAGCCCUACAUUUAUUACUACAGGUAUUUUCCAAUAUUUCCAGAAUUGUGUUACUGUUUAGCUCUUAAAAUAUAAUUUAAUAAACAAAGAAUCAUUAUCAGAUGAUAACAAUAUAAUUUAGCCCAAUUCAGCUUUCAUUAUACGGGCUAGGGGGCUGCUGUCCUCGGCAGUUUCGCAAGAACCCAACGACUAUUUCACACAUUUAACUCUCUUCUUCGCCCUACUGUUCCUCCUCCACCUACUAACUUGACUGCCUCAGACUUUGCAACUCACUUCACUGACAAGAUCUCUACAAUCAGAGAAGAGAUCUCUCAUCUUUCUUCUUCCCCUUACAAUACUUCCCCUAACUUCACUCCCUCUGCUGUUCUAUGUUCAUUCGCACCUGCUGCAUUGGAAGAGGUUUCUGCUCUGCGCCAGCCCUCCCGCCCCACCACCUGCUCCCUAAAUCCAAUUCCCUCGCAUCUCAUCCGUACUCUGUCUUCUUCUCUUUCUCCACCUCUCACUAAAAUUCUUAAUCUCUAUCUGUCCUCUGGUAUAUUUCCAUCGCCCUUCAAACAUGCAACUGUAACCCCAAUUCUAAAGAAGCCCUAUCUCGCUACUGCCUUUUGCAUCCAAGAUCCUUGAAAGAAUUGUGUAUGCAAGAUUGACAGACUUCCUCGAGUCCAACUCUCUGCUAGACCCGCUUCAGUCUGGUUUCCGCGCUAAGCACUCUGUUGAAACAGCACUGACCAAAGUAUCCAAUGAUCUACUCGCUGCAAACUCUCGUGGUCACUACUCUAUCCUAAUUCUCCUUGACCUGUCUGCGGCGUUUGACACUUUUGAUCAUCAACAGCUUCUUCUCAUCCUCCGCAAUAUCGGUCUACAAGAUAUUGCUCUCUCCUGGUGCUCCUCCUACCUCUCCCAGCGCUCUUUCAGUGUUUGUUUCUCUGGCUCUACUUCUUCUCCCCAAAUCCUCUCUGUUGGUGUCCCUCAAGGUUCAGUCCUUGGUCCCCUACUGUUCUGUAUCUAUACUGCCUCCCUUGGUAAACUCAUUAGCUCCUUUGGCUUCCAAUAUCAUUUCUAUGCAGAUGACACACAAAUCUACCUGUCCUCUCCUGAUCUCUUCCCGUCCCUCUUGACUAGUGUCCCUCUGGAUGGCUGCCCACUUCCUUAAACUAAACUUGACCAAAACUGAAAUUCUGGUCUUUCCUCCCUCAAGUGUUGUUACUCCUGUGUCUGUCUCCCUCCACGUCAACGGUGCUACCAUCAGCUCCACCACGCAGGCUCGCUGCCUAGUUGUUCUCUUUGACUCCAACCUCUCCUUCAAGCCUCAUGUUCAAUCUAUCACCAAAUCCUGUCAUUUCCAUCUCAAAAACAUUGCGCGCAUCCGCCCCUACUUAACGCCAGAUGCGACUAAGGUGUUGGUCCAUUCCACUGUCCUUUCUCGCCUUGACUGUAAUCCGCUUCUCAGUGGUCUUAGGUGCUCCCAACUUGCACCGUUACAGUCCAUAAUGAAUGCGGCAGCGAGGCUCAUCUUCCUGUCCACCGGCACCUCCCAUGCCUCACCCUUCUGUCAGUCCCUACAUUGGCUUCCUAUAAAAUAUAGAGCUCAAUUUAAAAUUCUGGUUCUUGCUUUCAAAUCUCUACAUAAUGCUGCUCCCACCUAUCUAUCCUCCCUUAUACACAAGUAUGUCCCGUCUAGGCCCUUAUGAUUUGCUAUAGACUUUCGUCUAUCUUCUGUCCGUACUCCCACCUCUGAUGCUCGCCUUCAAGAUUUCUUGAGGGCUGCACCGUUCCUGUGGAACUCGCUUCCCUCUUCCGUUAGAUGCUCACCAAGUCUCAAAAAAUCAUUUUAAAAACCCACUUCUUCAUAAAAGCUUAUCAAUUAAACUGUUAAUAGCUCCUGACUGAUUCCUCUUCUGCAACUGUCACUAGUCUAAUACUAUCCUUACCUUUUUGUGUCAUUUUACCCCACUCCCACUAGCAUGUAAGCUCAUUGAGCAGGGCCCUCAACCCCUCUGUUCCUGUGUGUCCAACUUGUCUGGUUACAACUACAUGUCUGUUCGUCCACCCAUUGUAAAGCGCUGCGGAAUUUGAUGGCGCUAUAUAAAUACCAUAAUAAUAAUAAUAAUAAUAAUAAUAAAGAUGAGCUAAAGAUCUGUGUCCAUGGUGGCUCAGACCUGUUCUCCUGCUCUGUAUCAUGUGUUUUGCCAUAACAGACAGGGAGUAUGAUGUCAUUGCCUGGUAUCAUUAGCAUUGAAUAUAAAACACACCGCAAACUGAGUAGGCAAGAAUGAUCUACAUUAACCCCUUCAUCCCUCAACCAUCUCACCAUAUAGUAUUCCUUUCUUUACUAGAUUUUGAUAAACGUAAGAGGGGAAAAAACAGUCCCUGCUUAAUUUCUGUAGAAGCCAAAAUUCAUCCAACAAACCUUGUGGUGAUCUGUUACAAACAUUAUUACAGUACUGAAAUUCCUGUCUUUGGUUUUAAACACGCCACAAACUUGUACAUGCUAUGCCCAAUAAAGCCAUAUACAGUAUAUCCUCCAUCUAGCUGGAUUAGUACAUUAACACAGUUUCCUUAUGUAUAUCCAUAUAGGUAUGGAUGUGUUGAAUGACACAAUUGAAAAUAUAACCAGGACUACACUUAGAGAACAGUGGAAACCAUCUGUCAUUGAAGUUACUGAUACUGUCCUCACUGUGCGUCUCAAAGAGGUAAAUUAUGAAAGUCAGCAUGUUAUAAUGAUCUAUUAGUGUGUCCCUUUCUUCUGACUUCAGUGAUGUCCCCGUAAUGCCUUUCAGCAAUGCACACCAUGAGAGUAAUAGGACGUAAUAGGACCCUAGGGAAAGUACAGUACACACCUUGAAGGCAGGAAACUCCUAAUCCCUUAACACCACCUAGUAGCCCCUAACAUUACAAUGGCCACCCUAAACCCUAAACACCUCAUAACCUUAAACAGCACACAGCCUCUGCUGCUGAGUUUGUAGUAGAGUGGAAUUUAUUUAAACAUUACUCCCCAUUCCUUAGGAUUAUAAUGAGAUAGGCACGAUGGGGUUAUGUAUGAAAAGUGUCUGUUCUGAAAAGUGGUCAAACAUCGAAAAAAGAAAGAGUCAUCAACGCAAUGUGCCUGCUUGUUUCCAUGGUGACCUUUCUACUUUCAGUACUCUAGAGCACUUUUCAGAGCACAACAUUUUUUAUACAUAACCCCCAUUUAAUUAUUUGCCCUUAUUCCAUAUCCCAGGAGAUGGGGGAGUAGAUGGCAAGUAUGUAUUACUCCUCACACCCCAUCAUAUCAAACUAUUAAGGGUUAGUGAGGAUACAGGCUUAGCAGGAAUCCAUGGUUAGGGUUAGCCACGUGUACAGGGUUAGGGUUAACAGAGAUUCAGGUUUAGGGUUGGCAGAAAGCCAGGGAUAGUGAGGAUACAGGCUUAGCAGGAAUCCAUGGUUAGGGUUAGCCACGUGUACAGGGUUAGGGUUAACAGAGAUUCAGGUUUAGGGUUGGCAGAAAGCCAGGGAUAGUGAGGAUACAGGCUUAGCAGGAAUCCAUGGUUAGGGUUAGCCACGUGUACAGGGUUAGGGUUAACAGAGAUUCAGGUUUAGGGUUGGCAGAAAGCCAGGGAUAGUGAGGAUAGAGGGUUAGGGUUAAUUGGAAUCCAGAGUCAGUGUUCGCAGGAGUUCAGGGUUAGUAUGGAUUUAGGUAAGUGUCAAUAGAGAUCUAGAAAUAAUAAUUUCCUUCACUGAUAACUGCAGUGAAGUAUUGAGUUUAUGGACUUUAAUGAAAGACUCCAAGCACUAUAAACAAUACAGCGCUCUGUAGUGGUCAUGGCGCCAGGAUUGCCUUGGCGCUGCUCCAGUGUAAGUAGUCUAAUAAUUUUAGAAUAGUUUGACUUCUUCCAUUUGAUCCACUAGGUGCUGUUCCCCAACUCCACUACAGCCUAAUGACAAGCAGAAGUUCUUUGUCUGAACUAAGCUACAAUAUAAAAAGAAAAUAUCCAUAAAUAAAAAAAAUACAUCAAUAUAAAAAUAAAAAAAAGUUCUCCCUCCCUCCCUCUUGUCCAUUUGAAAUGUUCUUAGGUAUGGGUCAAAGCUAAACCACAGAUUGCUGUUUUUUUAUAUUGAAUUUCAAAGCAGCUGACUAUUACAAAAAUAAAGAUCAGUGCUUCAAUAAGCGCCGGGGCCGCACGUUUAGAGGCCCAUUGGGUGGCUCAUGCUGUUAGGGCCGCCCGAUGGCAAGGAAUUUCCAGAUGAUUAUGUCAGAGCUGGGAGGAAGUGACUGCCCCAGUCACUUCCUCCCAGCAGUCACCGUGGGAGGAAGGAGAGAAGGAAGUCAGAGUGGGAACUCUGACUCCCAUUAGCUUGAGCCACUGGACCCUGUGUUAGUGUAUGUGUCUCUGUAUGUGUGUGUGUGUUUGUAUGUAUGUGUGUGUUUGUGUAUAUGUGUCUGUAUGUAUGUUUCUCUGUAUAUGUGUGUGCAUGUGUGUCUGCAUGUGUAUCUUCUUGUUUGCAUGAGUGCGGGGGAUGUAUGGGAGGGGGUAGACGUAUGGGGGUGGGGUGAGGGGUAGACAGGGGAGGGGAGGUAGACAUAUGGGGGGGCAGGGCAGUUUUCACACCAGGGCCCUGUGGUUUCUAGUUACGCCUCUGUCUGCAGCACUUCAUAUUGCAGGUUGUAGCACCAUAGAUCAGCUUUUAUAUUAAGCAACAAGUUGUAUCCCAAUGCAUAAGUGCACGGAAAAGAAUAUUAUAUGUGAAGGAGAAAGAGAAAAAAAGAGACAAUAUUCUUGUUUUAAGUACCAAAGUGGGCACAGUAUGUAUAGUUCUACUGUGUGUAUUUAAUUUAUUUACUGUAUUGGAAUGCUUGGUAUCAGUGUAUGCAUGCAGCAGUUCCAUUAACUGUGUAGGUUUUUGUCCCAUGUUUUGUAUUACUGUUGUUGCAUUUUAAAUUGUAUACCAUCAAUAUGUACAUCACUUUUUUUCUCAUCUGUCCAGGACUUUUUCACUCACCACAUGUUUUCUGUUAACAAAAAGGUUUUCUUUUGAAAAACAUUUAUUUUUGUAUCUGUAUGUUAGAAUUAUAGUUUGCUUAUGGAUUUCUUAACAUGUGAGACCUCUGGUCAAAGUUCCAGACCAGAGGUCCCUUCCACUAUGAUAAGUGACUAUUUGCUCUGUAUAUCUAUCUGUCUGAUCUUAGAUAAAGAUAAAUAAUAUAUACAGAUUGAGUCAUAGCCCGUGUAUUAACCUAUAUUAUCAUUUACUAAAGUGAGCAUUGGUAGGAAUUCAAAGUGAAUUUAAGGUCAACAUAGCUGAAGUGGAUUUAUGGUCAAAGUCUGCUUUGCUUCCAGUUUGGUUAGCUUGGUCUUGAAUUUUAAAUGUUUUAAAUUCUCAGUUUAGUGAAUAACCCUGCUAAUGUUUUAUUGUUGCAUUUGAAUAGACACUCAGAUUAAUUCAUUUUAAUAAGUAAUAUGUUUUUUGGAGGAUUGUGAAGAAAAUCUCGUCUGGCAAUGUGAGGUUCGCUUUGUGACAUUCAUUGGGAUCGGGAAAGACCCGCAUACUUUUGCCUUGAUUGUGGACGUGGGAAAACAGUGCUUUCAAUGCACGGUGUUCUGGUGUAAACCAGAUGCUGGGAAUGUCUCUGAAGCUGUCCAGGCUGCCUGUAUGGUGAGUUAAUUUUGAAACAUUAAAUUCUCUUCCCUUACCUAAUAUUGAGAAUGCAGUGAGCAUUAUGUCAUUGGCUGCGGAGGUUAAAUCAUACAUUCUCCCUCACAGCAAAGUUAUUUUCAUCAUUAUUCAUUGUCUGGCCCCUAUUUUAGUCUUGUUGGAUAUGUUUUUAUGAAGUUGUUGUUGAAAUGUACGGGAAUCCAAGAGGUCAUAUUUUGUUCAAACUGUCCCUCAUUAUGGCCUUGGUUUAAUAUUUUGGAUAAGCUUUUCAAAUGAGUUAAUGUUUUUGGAUAAAUGUUAAGAAUGAUUUCAGAUUUUGAAAAAUAUUUUAAUAUUCUUUAAAAUAGAGAUAAAUUUUUACUGAGUGUUACAAAGAUAAACCAAUUGACACAUCUUAGCAGCACAAAUUGAGAUGCUGACAUGUUCCACAAAUAUUUUAUGUGCAACAAAGUGAGGAAUGUACAGAAAUAAAAAUGAGGGAGGGGGAAACACGUUAAGCCAACAAGAAAUACAAUGUUUCUGGUAUAUCCAUCAUAUCUGAAAGGAUAAAGGCUCGGUAUAGGUGGGUACAGAAAUAAUGUACAUUAUCAUGUAAAUAUCAACAGGUAUUGACGGGAGUACACUGGUAUUGCCCUAUAAUGAGUCAAAUAUAUAGAUACAUUUUAUAUGUGAUAUGCUUUUUUAUUUUUUAAUAUUUUGAUAAUAGUUUAUGCAAAAAUAUUAAAUAAUUUGAAAAGCUUAUUCAGAAAUAUUCAAUUGACACCCACGGCGGAGAUUGAUCAGGUACACUCCUGCAUCAAAGAGCAAUUGUCAUAGAAAGAAAUAGAAUGUCUCUCAAUAUUUAGCACUUUGCGCCCAGCAUAGCCCUGUUUGCACCAUGGUCUGACAAUCUGAUGUGUGACAAUUACAACUGCCUACAGCGUUGUUCAAAUAGCAAAUAUUCAUUAAUGCUAUCAGGCUUUGUAAAAAGAUCAUAAAUGUAUUAAGCUAUGUAGAUGAAUGAAAUGCUGAAAUGUAGAGAAAGGUUGACAUUAAAACUCAAGGGUGCCUGGGCAUAGCUGAUUCAGGGUAAUGUUCCAAACCUCACAAUAUUUUAAAUGGACAAAGAGAUGCAGUUUCAUUUUAGGGGUGUAAGUGGUAUGACUAGGGGUUAUGAUGUCCCGAUGGGAACAUGAAUGAGAGUUUGUUUUUACACGAGUAUCUUUAAGUAACACUUAGAAAGUAAUUUACUGUGUGUGUGCACCCUAAUGUUGGUCUUGAUUUAUAAGCUUCCCAAAUGAUUCAGCACUGUUGGAAAAACUUCCCAAAUGAUUUAUCUACAGAAGGAGCAUCAAAAGUAUUUUCUUCUAGAUAAAUAAUGUGGAAUGUUUUUCUAACAGUAUUUAAUCAUUUGGAAAGUUUAUUAAAUCAAGGCAAUAGUGUGGUGUGCAUGUCUAUGAAGCCAAAUACCAGUUUCAAACAUUUUACUGGCACACUGUACAUCAUUGCAGUUUUUUUAAACCUGAGGUUUCAGCUUGUGGAAAUAUAAAAUUAAAUGUAACCACAGUGAAAAAAAUAACAAAAUAAAACACAUUUUAAUAAAUAUUUAUUGAAGGCAAAAAAAAUGCUAUUUUUUGAAAUAUAUUAAAUAAUGAGUGUUUGCACCAGAAUCCAGGAGAAAUGUUUUUUCAAAUCUGGCAUCUCCUCCCCAACUGCUCCAUUUUUAAGUUGAUAAUAUAUAAAUAUUUUACACUCACUACACCCUUUCAAACAAAAAAAAAUAAUACAACAUUUAAUACUGAAUACUGAACACUGAAUUGGUCAACAAUUUAUUUAUAAAACAAGGUCUAGAUAACUUGUCUCGUUCCUUAUAGGUUCAGUAUCAGAAAUGUGUGGUGGCCUCGUCCUCAAGAAUUAAACCAAAAGCAUCCCACGGGAAAUCACUCUUGAAAAUGAAGAGGACUGCUAGUGUGGACUCUCCAAUUUCCACAUUCAGCUCCAGUGGUCACAGUCUUCAGAAGAAUAUGGGAACAAGUAAAAGAAGAGGAGUAAUGGCUUUCUUUGAAUCGUUUAAACAGAAGCAUGCCAUGCACACCCCUUAAAGAGCCCUUAAAGACAGAUUUUGAAAACGGGUCCUUUUUUAGUUGACUACUAUGUUUUGUAGAUAUUUUAGUUAUGUUUUCAGUACUUUCAGGUCCAAGCCAGUUCGUUUGUUAUAUAUUUAACCAUGAGAUAAACAGAGGUUAAAACUGCUAGCUUUUCCAUGAAGCCACGAAAGGUCAAUACAGGCAUGUGCAAUAGUGGGCGAAUUGGGGGGUCUCAGUGUAUGUCUGAAGCCAAGGCAUGAGCAAUUUGGCUAAAUAUUAACAGUUUAUCAUAUUCCACAGGUUGUGUGGUUCAUUAUCCAAAGCAUUGGACUUUUUCUUGGAGAUGUAUUGAUUAGGGUGUCAGUCAUACCAAUAAAAUUGCAUGGGCCGCCUUGGAUAUUUUGCUACCAUAAUGAUUCAAUCAGAUUACUGGACAGGGCAUAGCAGUCAUAAUCCUGUACUUAUGGAAGUUUCCUGUGUGUCUACUUUCCUGUCAGACGGUCUAAGUACCACUGGAAUAGAAAUAUGGAUAAAACCCAAAUGGGGUCCUACUUCUGAGCCCUUCAGGAUUAUUCAGUAAAAUAAGGAUUGCUGGAAAUUCACAAUGACUUCAAAGUGAAAGUCAAACAAAAUUAUUUUUUCAAUUUGACAAUUUUUGAAUAUGAAGUCAGAAAAGGAGCCUUAUAAAAUGGUGCUUUAUAUCUGUUGUGCCUCUGGGUACCAGUGUACCAAGUAGGAGUCCUAACAGUGACAUGACACAUUACAUACUUUCUAAACUCAUUAUAUUUGUUGGAAGCAUGAUCCAGGGAAUUCUACCCCCCGCCUUGACCUAUGGUUAAUAUUGAUAAUGGCCAUGAAAGAUAUGGAAAUUCCUCAUCAGACAUAUUAUGGAUUUCUGAAUUUAUAUAUACAAUAUUGUGCUGUUUUGGGGUAUUCCUGUGUAAAGAGUAGGUAGAAGGUAAACUCUUGUUUCAGAUUUUAUUUAGUGAAAUAGAAGAUGCAAAAAACCCUCUGCACAUAUUUAAACUGCAGAGUCACACUGUAAAAUAUUGUUGAAUUGUACAUAUCCUAGCACCACUAGUUUCUAAGUGGAUUUGUUAUUAUUAAAGUCAAUUAUAUUGGAUCUAGCUGUGUGAUGUAUUGAUUGCAAUGAGCAAAUAAAUAUGCA